GCCACGUCUCGCUGAAUGUCGUCACCCUCCUUAUCGCUCUCAUAAACACACACACACACACACACAAAGAGAGAGAGAGAGAGAGAGAGUCCGAUUAGCUGAUCUGCAUACCAACGCCACCUUGUUUUUUUUCCUUUGUGUGGCUGUAGUGGGGCUUCUUAAAAUCGUAUCUGAUCUCUAACUCGUAUCUGUUGUUUUUGCCGCCCUGAAUAAGCAGCUGGCUGAUGUUCGCUGUUUCCUGGUUUCAGCCAUUUUGGAUUUUGACUGAGCCGGCUGUAGUUGUGUGAGCGGUGUAAGCUAACCUACGCUCCCUUCACCUCAGAAACAGCGCUGGUCUGAUCUACAGACUAGAAAAGAGACCCUUGACGAGAGAGGAUACCCCUUACACAAGUGAACAAUGAAUCCUGAAUAGUAAGUAUCACUUUUUAAAACGUCUUAGGACACUUUGGAGCACUGUGGAGCUUAGCAUGUAGCAGUGCCAGACAGUUUAAAGUUAGCAGAGGGCUAAGCUAGCGGCUAACAUCAGCUGACCUGAGUGUGUCCACCCAGAAUACAGAGAGACUGGACUUUAUUGAACAAGGGAACGGCCUUCUACACAAAACUACCAACAGACGUUUUUAACAAAUGUCGCAUUGUGAUCAGAUUACCGGCACCGUUACAAAGCUGUUAAAGCAGCGGAUUACUUGCGCCGCACUGAUAGGUGUGUUUUUAAAUUCACCACAAAGGUUUGAGGUUAGUUCGGUAAAUGUCUCUGCAGCCUGUCAUCUGUGUCUAGUACAGGGUUUCAUUACGAAUUAAGACCCGAUGGAUAGAUUUAAUAUAGAGAUGAUUUAACAUUAGUCUAGGUUAUUUUAUACCCUGAUCAUCGAUAUAAACACCCGAGUCCAGAAAACAAGUUCAACUUGAUAUCAAUGACUUUAGUUCCUAAUGGGAUGGGCUUACAUUUCUAUUAAUUCACUACCACCAGCUCAUAGAUAGUGACAGGCACUCAACCACCUGCUGUUUACCUUUAUCUAAUUGGUGUUAUGCUGUACCUGGUCUUAAGCAUGACUCAGUUUUUGGUCAUAUGGUCUGAUGGAGGUGAGACCGCCUCUUAGUCAUGUGUAGGUCACAUGCCACGGGACAAGCCCUCGAUUUCACCACAGUAGCGUUAAGUAACGCAUCACUUGAGCCUUUUCUUGUCUCUAUUUAGUCAUUAAUGUUCCAGAUGGCAGGUCCAGUAGAGCAUAUAAAAUCUUGUUUAUCAUGUCAGGAUGAUAGACAGUGUACUUAUGUUAUACUCCCCUUCGCAGACUGCCUGAUCUUCUAUUAAUGUUCCACUCAUUUUGAAAAAGCUAGGUACACAUGUGAAAUGCCCAGGCUGUGGCAAUUAAUAAAAGUCUGGGUCAACAGAAGAGUUGAGGUAUUUUUGGAUUAUAUCAUGGUUUAGAGUUUAAUGAUGUGUGCUUAUCCAAGCAGCAAGAGUUGGGAUGCAGCAAGCAAUUGUGGGUCAGCAAGAAUUUCUAAAUUCCACCACUUGAUUCAACAGUGGCAUGCUUUGGGAUUUUUUCUUUGCAUUACCAUUAUUGGUGGACAACAGCUUGCAGGAUGGUGGUAAAUUGAAAUUGCAAGUUAUUGUUGUAUUGAGUGGGAUACACAGUUGUCUCUUCAUCCAAGUUGGCCUUCCUUUUUUUUUAAUCUAUGGCUUUGGUCAUCAUUUGGUGGUUUAGUGGAGCGGGAAUAUGAGAUAAUAGUGCAAAUGGUGAUACAACCAUGAAAUUUGGUACAUAUAUCCUUUAUACCACAACUAAUCAUAAUAUAACCUCUGGCCACCUGGGCGGCGCCAUUUUUCAAGAUGGCUGCCAGCUUUUAGAAAUAGCUGUCACCAGGUCAACGUUUUAGACUCUAUCACUCUGCUGCAGCUAUAGAUCUUACAUUUACCCUACCUUUGAAAUAAUAAUAAUAAAUAAUAAUGCAUCAGAUUUCAUAUAGCGCUUUAUCAGAGACCCUCAAAGCGCUUUUACAUUGGAUACAUCAUUCAUUCGCUCACACAGUCACACUUUGUUGGUGGUGGAAACGUGGCUGCCAUUCUGCGCCUACGGCCUCUCCGACCACCACCACACAACACUCACAAUCAUACACCAGUGGAGGACACACACUGGAAGCAAGGUGGGUUAAGUGUCUUGCCCAAGGACACAACGGACAGACUUGGAUUAGGGGGGAAUCGAACCGCCAACCUUCCGGUCAUUGGACGACCGCUCUACCUCCUGAGCUACUGCCGCCCCAUAUAAUAUGGUUUAGGUAUUAAUAUCAAUUAAAAACAACAUAUUAGGUUCCAAUAUGGCAGCAAAUAUCCAAUAUGGCGGCCUAGUCACACUCUAAAUUGCUGAUUUUUGAAAGAAUGAUCAAAAUGGUAAUACAACCAUAUAAUUCAGUACAUACGACCUUUAUAUGACCAUAUUUUAGAAUCAACCUUUGGCUAAGCAGAUUUCAACCAUUUUAAAAGAUGGCCACCCAGAAACAGAAAUGGGAAGAAUUCUGUAUUUUGUUGGUCAUUAUAGCUGCUGUUUGGAAGUUUGUCAUAUAUUUAUUUAUAGUAGAUCAGGGUUAUUCAUAAGUCAUAGACAUGAGCUAUUAUGAAAGGUCAUAUUUGUUUUAAAAAUGGCCACACCAUAUAACAUGACAAAUCAAUAAUAUAUUGUGUAGUGUCAUUACACUACCAGGGCACACUGGUUGACACUAUAGCUGUGAGACUCAGCAUGGGGUUCAAUGCUAGCUAGUAAAUUUGUCUAAAUAAAUUGUCUAGUUUCCUAAAUGCUGUUUAGCUUGCCCCAAGUUAAAGUUAAACAGCCCCACCUGAAUUGACAGGAUGUGCCAGCGCGGGAGAGCCGAGCCAAGGAAGAUGGGGCUUUAGUCUUCUGGAAGGUGUACAGAUCACACAGGAAUUAAAUAGCAUUGGAUGAAUGAUCGGGCUGGGGGUAGGAUAGUGAUCUUGUUAUUAUCGGAGCCCAGUUGCAUCCCAUACUUUAAAGUGUACAGUACUAUAGUAAGUUGUCUUUAAUAGGUGGUAUAUAAGGAUAUUCCCUCGGCCUAGACAACAGCAAUGGACACACAGACAGAAAUACCCUCCACACCUUCGGCAGAUAGUAGGCCUGCAUCUAGUCCGACCAAUUGGGAAUUAUGCUGUUUGUGCCAACAAAACAGCAGUGAAAAGUUAACUAAUGCCACAGGCAGUGGUUAUCUGACAUUGGCUAACAAUAUUCUCGAAUUUCACAAAAUGAACUGCAUGCCAAUUCUCUUUGACACAAAGCGACUUGAUGAUUGUGAUGGAAUUCAGUUGACACUUGAGGGUAACAAAGCUAGGUAUCAUGCAUCAUGCCAUCUUAAGUUUGGGUCAAACACUUAAUCAUCCUUUCAAAAAUCAGCAAUUUAGAGUGUGACUAGGCCGCCAUAUUGGAUAUUUGCUGCCACAUUGGAACCUAAUAUGUUGUUUUUAAUUGGUAUAAAUACCUAAACCAUAUUAUAUUAUUUCAAAGGUAGGGUAAAUGUAAGAUUUAUAGCUGCAGCAGAGUGAUAGAGUCUAAAACGUUAACAUGGUAGCAGCUAUUUCUAAAAGCUGGCGGCCAUCUUGAAAAAUGGCGCCACCCAGGUGGCCAGAGGUUAUAUUAUGAUUAGUAGUGGUAUAAAGGAUAUCUGUACCAAAUUUCAUGGUUGUAUCACCAUUUGCACUAUCGCCUCAAAAAUCAGCAUAUUCCUGCUAGACUAGUUGUGAUUUCUGUUAAUCAGUGAUUGGUCAGUCAUGUAAAAAAUAGGGCAUUUUCCUCAUAGCUACAAGAGAGAGCUGCAGGAAUGUGUUCCAGUGAGAAAGAGAAGGACUCAGAUUAGUCGACAAUAUCUGUAAUGUCAACAACAAAAAUUUGUCGCCGCAAAAAUUUAAGCGUUGACACAUUAUGUUAUUGUUGUUGUAAAUCACAUAGUGGCCGCUUCAUGCUCAUCUGUAACUGCAGUACACUACAGGAAGUGCAGGUGGCAUUGUCAUUUCCAUGUACAUCCCUCAGGAAACAGAGAAGUAGAACGCACAUCAAGUAUGGCAAAACAAACAGAUGAAGAGGCUCAAAAAACCCCAACGUUUCUAAAGCUUGGGAACAUUUCACUGAAAAUAAACCAGCAAAACACAUUAAAUGCAAUCUUUGUGAAACUCAACUCUUAUUCCAUGGUAGCACUACGGCCAUGCACAAACACUUAAGCGCUGACACCCCAGAGCUACUGUAUCAUCAUGUAUCGCGUGUACUGGAGGGUGUUCCGACUCUGGCAGCAAACCUUUCUGCAGUGGGGCUCAGUGGGGUGGAAAUGUACAAGAAGCACAAGAAGGCAAUUAAACACAAAAGGCUAAAAUAUAACUAGAAAAAUUUCAUUUCCUUGCAGAAAAUGCAUGGAAAUGCUGAGUGCUAAAGCUCAAAAAGCAAUGCAAAACUGCUUAAAAAAUGGAGGAAGGUUUAAAUGUAAAGUUGGUUAAAGGGCUGGAGAAAGAGAAGUAGAAGUUGGAUGAAAGUGAAAAUUGCUGAAGUACAAAUAGUAUGAAUGUGCUUCAUAAAUUAAAAUUGUAUUCAUGCUGAAUAAGGCUAGAAAAACUGUCUGAAAUUGCAAAAAAAAUUGGAUAAGGAAGAAAAUUACCUUCAAACACAGAAAAAGUGAGAAGUGGCAGAAGUUUAAGUUGUAGUACUAGAAGUAGUAUGAUAAUAGUAAGGCUGCACGAUAUUGGAAAAAACUAAUAUUGCGAUUUUUUUCAACCCUGCGAUAUGUAUUGCGAUAUUAAAAGAUAAAAAAUUUCUACCAGAUGACCUGAAUAGCACUUUAUGUUGUGCUGCACUGCUGAAAUCUUGAGGACAGUUAACCUGCACUGAUCUUACGUCUUUUUGUGAAUGUUAGUAGAAUGGCUUCUGUCUGUCUCAGAGAUAUUUUUAGCUUUUAUUGUGCUGGGAUGCUAUUGUGGCAACAGAUGAACACAGAAGACGUGUUUUGGUCGACAUUAUCCAUCUUGUAACUGAAAUAAUUCUAGAUAACUGACUUUCCUUUUCUUUUUGGCAACAAGUCUUCAUCUUCUGUGGUUUUCUCUCUGUGUUGCUCAGUUUGCGAUCGUUGUUGUUGUUGUUAUCGGGUUGUGCUCCACGGAAAUGUACAAUUGAAGACCCAUACAGUUCUUAUUUGUUGGGCUAAACAGUGAUGAAGAAUGUUCCAAAAGUAAUUCUCAGCGGACAAGCGUUUCUCCACUCAACUCCGGUAGCCAGCGACUCCCUCCAUGUGCAGAACAUGUGCAGGGGUAGAUUUCCUCCUCUGAUUUUGAUUGACAGCUGGCAGUGUCUGAUUGGUCAACUGAGAACUGAGUCUGAUUGGCAACUGAGUAAAGAACGAAGGUGAUCGUUGGAUCGCUGCACAGCUUAUGCAGAGUCACAUGCAGUGUAUCUCAGUCAGUUACCCUUGAUAUUAACUGAGUUCAUUCACCUCCGACAUCGCAGGCUCUGCGAUGUGACUAUCACACACACGUACAUCGCGAUGACGAUGCUCAAACGAUAUCGUGCAGGCCUAGAUAAUAGGUAGUUGUAGUAGUGAUAUUAGUAGUCAUGUACAGUAGAAGUAGUUUUAGAAUAGAAGAAGUAGAAGUCAAAGUAGUAAAGCUAGUGGUAGAAGAAAUAGUGGCAGUAAAAGUUAGAGACGCAGUAAAAAGAAUAUUUAGAGAAGCAAGAGUAGUGGAGGUAGAAGUGAUGAUACAAGUUAAAGUGAUAUUAGUAGUAAUUGUAGUAGUAAAACUGGGAAUCUGUUUGAAGAAAUAAAAAAUGCAAAAUAAUGAGAAUGAUUUUAAAAUGGGAAAAUUUUGAAUAAUUAAAAAUCCUCCAGUAUUAGACAAGUUUGAAGUAUUAGGUUUGAAUCAAUUUGAAUGAGUUUAAAUUUGUCUGAAGAAUUGAAUAAUGUAUUAAUAACGGGAUUAAUUUUAAAGUGGGGAAAAUUUAAAUGAAUAAAAAUCCUGAGUACACCCCAUAAUGUCCUCAAUGAGCUGAAUUUUUGGAGCACUGAAUGGUUUCUGUAGGUCAAAGUUUGUGGGAGGAGAUAGAUGGUGAAGCAGACACAUAUUAACUCCGUGUACAUGCAGGUCUUUUAGACACAGACACACACGCACUGUCAGACUAUGUGUGUGUCUCUUUAAUGAUUGCAUCCUUUACAGCUGUGAGAUCAAAGGCAUUAACUGACCUACUGUUUGAAUGAGAAGCUGCCUAACUGCAGUGAAUUUAGGGCCAACAUCGUACGAAUCCUCCACCCUUCAUGAACACAAUGAUGUGUUUUUCAUGUCUGUACUCUAAAAAAUGUGGCCACAACAGCGAGUUAAAAAAGUCUGAGCCUGAGUGAUCAUCAGGAGUUGCUUGGAGAAAAAUUACACUAGGGCCAAUGCCAGGGUUCUUUGCCUUUUUUGGACAGUUGGUCACCUGCUGGCCAAGGGGUACAAUUUAAUGAUUUGAAACCUCUUUUGUGAGAAACAGGACACAUAUACCUCCAUUUUGAUGUAUAUUUUAUGGCUGUGGAGUGAAAUUUGUGGGCGUGGGAGCGAUAUAUUCGAGCAAGGUUCUGUUGAUCCAAGAGGAGUUCUGCACUCUAGCGAUGUAAGGAACUAAUAGGUAGUUGUAGUAGUGAUAUGAGUAGUCAUGUAAGCAGUAGAAGUAGUUUUAGAAUAGAAGAAGUAGAAGUCAAACCAAUAGAGCUCGUGGUAGAAGUAAUAGUGGCAGUAAAAGUAAGCGAUGCAGAAAAAAAUAUUUAGAGAAGCCAGAGUAGUGGAGGUAGAAGUGAAGAUACAAGUUGUAGUGGUAAUAAAAGUGAUUGUAGCAGUAAAUCUGGGAAUCUGUUUGAAGAAUUAAAUGAUGCAUAAAUAAUAAGAAUGAUUUUAAAAUGGAAAAAAAAUGGAGUAAUUAAAAAUCCUCAAGUAUUAGACAAGGUUGAAGAAUUAGAAAGGUUUGAAUCAGUUUGAAUGAGUUUAAAUUGGUCUGGAUUGUUUAAUAAUGUAUUAAUAACGGGAUUACAUUUAAAGUGGGGAAAAGUUAAAUGAAUAAAAAUCCUGAAUACAUUUUUGGAGCCCUGAAUGGUUUCUGUAGGUCGCCCUUCAGUCUUCCUGUCUCCAGCCAGUCUCCAGUGGGUUGGGCGAAUCCAAAAUGGUGAAAACAAGGGGGUGUUCUGAGACAGGCUGUUGGUCUGUGAAAUGGGGGUGCUCUAAAAACACCCCCAUUAGCACUUGGUACGUUCCUCCAGAUAAAAUUAACUAUAGUCUGUAAAUUGACUUGGAAAAAAAUCUGAGUUGACCAAUCAGAAUUUUGGUCAACUCCGUAUUGACCAAUCAGUCGACUAAGUCUUUACAGCCCCAGAAAUGAGUUCACAAAUGGCGCUUAUACUGCAGUCAUAUUUUAAAAUCACGUAUUUUAAAACCAAUCAUUUGUUAAUUAACCACCAGCCUGUGAUGGAAGUACAUAAUACAUUUGUGUUGUACUUCUGUUAGUUGUAAAAUCAUGGGAAAAGCUUGCUUAGUAAAUGCUAGUUCACUCACCUGAAUGUGUACUUCAUGGCAGUAAUCUGUGAAGUACAGGUGCAGCUGCUCUGACACUAGGGCUGCACCUGUACUUCACAGAUUACUAUUAUUUUCCUAUCGAUUAGCCUAACGAUUAUUUUUUCGAUAAGUCGACUAAUCUAUCGACUAAUUUAUUGAUUAUUCUAACGAAUAAUUUUUAAUUAACUGAUUAGUAUAACAAUGAAUUUAACCAAAAUAGCAAGUAAAAACUUGUCCUAUUAGUAUUUAAUUCAACGAUUUAGUUAAGAACCUGUUGAAAUUAAACAAAACAAAACAUUUGGGUUAUAAAAUCUGGGAGAUUUUUGUGGCAAACGCCGGGCAGUUUUGAGGUUACCUUGUAUGGUGGAUAUGAGUUAAUAAUGAGAGUAUUGGUAAUUAAAUUGCUCAUCCAAAUAAGUAUAAGUGAAGCUGAACACUUUUUUGUUUAUACAAUAACAAAUGGCAAUAAAAAAUAUAAUAGCUUCGAUAUGCCUUGAACUUAUUUAGUCCACUAAAAGUGUUAAAGUCCUCAUAUGUUUUACAUGCUCCCUUGUAUGAGGCUCUCUGAACAUCUGUGCAUGAAAUACAGCACUUUUUUAUCUGAGGCUGCCUGAAUGCAUCACUUUGAGACGGUAAAAGACUAUCAACAUAAAUAUUUUAUCUCGCGUUUGUUUCCCUUUCACUGAAGUGUUCUUUUUGCAACAAACACUGCUUAAACAUAGUUUACAGCUUAAAGUGACCUGAAUCAUCCCAAAUUGUAAAGUCCAAGUAUCAAUCCAGUGUCUGUGAGGCUCAGCAGAAACACAGGACAAUCUAAAGUUGUCUGGAAACUUUGGACAAAUAUAGUGAUCCGAUUCAUGAAUGAAUGUGGACCAUCAAACUACGGGAGAUUCCCGGGAGAAAUGACAAUACGGGAGGUGGACGGGAGAUAGGUCUAAAAUAUGGGAGAGUCCCGGGAAAACCGUGAGUGUUGGCAGGUAUGAUAUCAGUAUACAUAUGUGCAGCAGUGCUCGCAUUCGCCAAGGAUUAGCAUUAGCGAGCUAUUGUCGGCGAUCACACAGCUAAUUAAUUAGCGUGGUAUAGGACAUUUAAAAGCACCAAACUGAUACUUCAGCUCUGAGAUAACUGCUGAAUUGAAUGAAUGAAUUAUGAAUGAAUGAAUGAAUGAAUGAAUGAAUGAAUGAAUUAAAUAUGGGAUGCAGGGCAUAUGAUCUAGCGUUCACUGUGGCGUUUGCUGCAUCAGCUGUGGGUUAUUUGAUUGACAGGUUACUGCAUGUCUCCUUGAAUGAAAGCAUCUAAGAAAUGCGAACGAGGAAGCCAGGAAGAACACUGGCAUUGAUGGAGAUCAUGCUAAAGUAGGUUUUAAAUCGACCCCGUUAGGUGGAGCUGGUUUGCCGUCCAUACUUCCACCGUUACCUGAAGUAGCCAUUGUCUGCGUUAUCAUACGACGUGUCGACGCUUGUUUUUUGUGUUGACGAAAUUUUGUAGUCGAUUACAUCGACGAAUCUCCCCAGCCCUAUCUGAAACACUUAAUUUCAGCUCCUGUCGUUAGCAGCAUCAAUAUUGGUGUGAAGAUUAAACUUUGGGUUAAACAGAAGUCCAAAAUAGAUGCUAACAACAAUUAUUGUGAUUAAUCAGUUAAUCGAAAAAAUAAUCGAUAGCUCAGUCAACAACAAAAAUAAUUGUCAGUUGCAGCCCUAAAUGUAACAGAGGGCUCACAGCUGAUUGUUCCUUCACUUUUUUCAGACUAGGAUUUAACUACUGACAGGUUUUCAGUGGCCAGUGCUGAUAUUGAUAAUGUAACAGAAAGUCAGCUGUACAACAAUCACAUUGUUGUUUUUUCAAUGAAAUAAUGCAAACAAAUAUUAAGAAUGUUGCUGAACUGGGUUGAAUGUUGUAUUCAGUAAAUAUAGACAGAAAGAUACUGGGUUUAGGAAAAUCUUACCAGAAGCUUUUGAAUUUAUGACCACCUAUCGGAAAUUAGUAAGAGAGACAGACAUUUACAGGGUAAACAUUAUGAUUAUGAUCAAGCUGCAUUAUUCUAAACAUCAUUGUCAUUGGCUAUUAAAGUAGACACUAGUUAUUCUCAGAUUUGAUAUGCUGCAUUUUUCAUAGACCAUGCUGUGAUAUUGGCCUUAUUAGGGACAAUACUUAUAUGACAGAUUACAAAACCCAUUUCCAUUGAAGUUGGGAAAUUGUGAUAAACGUAAAUAAAAAAGAUAAAACAGAAAACAAUGAUUUGCAAAUCCUUUUCAACCUAUAUUCAAUUGAAUACACUACAAAGACAGAUAUUUAAUGUUCAAACUCAAACUUUUUUUUUUGCAAAUAAUUAACUCAUGAUUUCAUGGCUGCAACAUGUGACAAAGAAUUUGAGAAAGGUGGCAAAAAAUACUGAGAAAUUUGAGGAAUGCUCAUUAAACACCUAUUUGGAACAACCCACAGGUGAGCGGGCUAAUUGGGAACAGGUGGGUGCCAUGAUUACGUAUAAAAGCAGCUUCCCCAAAAAUUCUCAGUCAUUCACAAGCAAGGAUGGGGCCACGUUCACCACUUCGUGAAAAAAUAGUUGAACAGUUUAAAAACGUUUCUUAAAGUACAAUUGCAAGGAAUUUAGGAAUUUCAAAAUCCACGGUCCUUAAUAUCAUCAAAAGGUUCAGAGAAUCCAGAGAAAUCACUGCAUGUAAGUGGCACGGCUGGAAACCAACAUUAAAUGCCCGUGACCUUUGAUCCAUCAGGCGGCACUGUAUCAGAAACCGACAUCAAGUGACAUCAGUGUUUUCCCUACAUUAGGUGCGCUGAUGCUGAAAUUUCACAUGAUCACUAAUAUCAAUGCGCCACUAAUGAUUCUACUCACACUGUGUGAGCACAACACACGUUAUUUUCGACCUGUUGUGAGUCAUCAAGGAGCACAUCAAAUCCUGUCAGACCCUUUUCUAUCAACAUGAAAGGUAACGUUUAAACUUAUACACGGUCUAAAUAGCGAGUAAUAUUAAUAGCAUUAGUAGCAUUAUUAUCAAUGAGGCACUAAUGACUUCUACUCGCACUGUAUGGCCACAACAACACAACGUUAUUUUUGACUUGCUCUGAGUCUUUAACUAGCGCAUCAAAUCCUGUCGGACCCUCUUCCACGAAUGUGAAGGGUAAUGUUUAAGCUUAUACACGGUCUUAAAAACUGACACACUUACACACACACCGCCGCAGCUGAAAAAAAUUCUAGGGGAAACACUGUUACUGGAUGUCAAAUGUCUUUGUCAAAGUCUUGUAUUAUUUAACUUAACUAAGCUGUUAUUUUUUAGUCAGCUUAUGAGCCAAUAUUUUGCCAAUACUAUAUUGUUGUGGGGUUCUUUUGCAUUUGAUAAAACAACAAUUUGGUAAAAACACUCGUUAUUCUAUGCUCCCUGCACUUAAUAUAGGUGGUUAUCUGAGCCCCUAAUAUGUUUUAGGUAGAUUUUUAAUAAAUUAAUUACAUAAAGAUAAACACUGUGAUUAACAUUGUGUAAAUACAUGACCCAUGUAUUUAUGUCAGGAGAGACAUAAAACUGCAUUGUUCUAUACACCCUUACAGAAUUUGUAUUUAACAAUAGCCAGCAAGAGUUUUCGAUUUGAUAUGCUGUCAUAAGGAUGGAAAAACAUGGCACUAUUCAGGAAAGCGUUAAUGUUGCACAACAACAACAGCCGCACAGGCAAAGCAGUAUGCAGACAUAAUCUCUUAAUAUUUUUUGUUUGGCUUUGUGAGCCCAGGCAUCAGCUAAUACCAGUUAUGCCAGGUGCCGUUAUUCAGCCCGAUUAUUUAGCUGAAGUGAUCAACCGGUCUGUCUGUCAGACUGUAUUUUUUAGAAAUGAGUCUGUGUAAUAUGAAGAGGCUGAAAGGCAGAAGGGGUUUUCAGACCAAAUUGUGCAUGUUUGCAGUUAAACCUAACAAAACUGUUUCCUGGUCAUAUUGGCCCCCAUUUAUCAAUCUUGCACAGAUCUGAGUGCAGGAUUCAUUGUACAAUAGGACACACGUGAGAUUUAUGAAAGGGUUCGUAUCUGACCAAUCCCAGCGUACAUAUGAUCGGGUCUUGAUAAAUGCGGUGGCUGAAAUCGAUCGUCAUUAAUAUGUCACGCCCUUAAAGGGGACCUGCCACCAAAAUUUCAUCCCCAUUUUUAUCAAUUUUUCAUAAUCCUUGAUGUCCUCUGAUCAUGUUUGCAACAUAAUUUUAGCUGAAAAGUUAUUUGAUGGUUUGUUUUAGUAUGCCUAAAAAACCUUACAGGAAAACCAACUGGUUUUGGCUCAUUAACAUUUAUGGUAAUGAGCUUUGCUCUGAUUGGAUCGCUGCUGUGAAGCCUGCUGUGCUCUGAUUGGCUCAGAAGUGGAGGUUCGGAUUUCGGUUUAUCCACUGUUAUUAUGCUAAUGCUAAUAGCAUAUGCUAAUGUGUGCUAAAGUAAGGUGCCCAGAUGUCUGUAAUGAUAUCCGGGGAUAUUCGGUGCGGCGGCGGUGGUGCGGGGGCUGCAGGGGCUGUGUGAUCACAGACAAAAUCUCGGUACUAUUUAGUAGCAGCGCAUGCCCCUUGUAAUAACACCCGUAAGAACUGUUGUUCAGGACUGCUAACUAAAUUCGGCUACUGUAAUAACCGUUGUUCGAGCCCACACGCAACAUUUUUGCUCUCAUUAAUGAAACGCUUAAAUCGGGGACAUUUUCGGGGACAGCUUUUGCCGGGGACAGGUCAUCCAAUACAGGGACUGUCCCCGGAAAUCGGGGACGUCUGGUCACCUUAUGCUAAAGGCUAAAAACGGCAGGUAUUAAACCAUAUAUUUUAGACCCCGAGUCCGAAGAGGAGGUGGAAGUUGAGGAAGAAGCCGGAGAUCACCAGCGGUGUUUUCUCAUUCAUUCUGCCCAGCUUUAAGUUCAUUUUCCCGGCAGUGAACCGAAGGAAACAUCGAUCGUUUGGAAGAGACCCAUAGCGGAUACAGCGGUAGCUGGGUCUCGCUCUGGCUGUGACUGAGUACGAGAACGAGAGAGUGGGCGCGGCUCACCGAGGACGCGCUCGUGAAUAAUAAUGAGCAAGGUCGGCGCAACGUAACACCAACGGGCUUUUUCAAUUGGCCUGGUUUACUCGUUCCUUGAUUUUAAACCUUUACAGAAUGCAAACGACGUAACGGUUUGUUUUCACAUGUACAACAUAAGACGAACAUAAUAUGGACCUUAUAUGACACAAAAAACCCCAAAAAUUACAUUUUUAUGGCAGGUCCCCUUUAAAUAUUCGUGGUUCAGAAGCCUCACCCACUGAGGUCAAACAUGAAAGAGGAGACAUAUUAAAAAGAUUCGAAACUUUUUCGAGCUGGAAGUGGAUAUCCCCAUGUCUGUGGUGGAAACUUACAAGGAUUCUCUCUUGGAAGCAUCAAAUCUGGUAUAAAAGCAGUCCAGAAAACUCCUGUCUGGAGCAGGAUUAUGGUGGCGGUAAACAGCGCUGCCACGGAAUAGUGGACAGUGGCUGAAGUUUGAAUAAAUCAUUAGUCAAUAAGUUGCUCAUGAUGAUAAUAUCUCAUACAUGCCUCAUAUUUCUUUAUUAAUAUGACAUAGGGUACGUUGCUCCUAUUAUUGAAAGUAUUUAGUUUUAAUUUGUUGCGUCUUUGUAAUGUACAGCAGACUGGAGAGUCUGACAGAGGCUGAACAAAAAUAAUUAUUAACGUCACCAAACGGUGUGUUGCUGCCCCAGAGGCACAUUUUUAUGGAUUUCUAUAGGAUUUUUAUCACUGAAUAAAUAGCAAGAGCACUUUCUAAACUUAUACUUUACAUCAGAAUCCAUCGAUAAGGUCCUGUCUCCUUUGUACAGCACCUUUCUUGAGUCUCUCCUUGUUAUUGUUCUCCAGGCAUCAGGUCCUCACAUUGCACCGGCACAGCCAACGGCACUCCAUUCGCCAGUGCAUAAUUGUGCAAAACUGUACUGGCCCAAAUGAUGUCCCACACCCUUUUAGGAGUGUACAACAGCGUCCCCGCUGCUGGGCCAAGACAGAGACACCUGCCUUUUAGGAGUCAAACGCAGCGCUCCACAGUGGCGCGUGUGCGUAAUGUUAAUACGGCGCUCCUGCUCUGUAGCAGUGUUCACUAAGGACAUAACAAAUUUAUUUUAUUAUAUUUUAUUUACAUCUUAAUCUUAAAUGAAAUCUGUCUCAUUAUGCUUAAUGAUGGGUUUGAGGUUUGUACAUCAAUUAUUUUGAGACAGACAUUUGCCGCAGCGCAGAUCCACACUGACUUAAACUUGCGUGCACGAUGUCAGACCUGUCGUGAGAUUUGGUCGUAGCGUACGCUCACAUGCAGAUUGAUAAAUGCCAAUCCUCACAUCAAAAUUGUCGUAUGCAAAGUGUAUGCAAGUUUUCUGCCGUACGCAAGCUUGAUAAAUGAGGGCCAUUGUGUAUUGCCUCCUGCUGGUUUUACCUAAUUUUUAACUGGCGGCCAUCCAGGCAGCUAUGCAGACUAAGGUUGUUGUGAUUCAUAAACAGUGAGUUUGUUUUUUUAGGGUACAUGCAAAGUAGUCUGUCCUACUUGGCUUGAUCAUUUGCAGAAUGUGUAUGGGCUGUGAAGGUGUGUUAUGAUCUGUUUUACAAAGUAAGUGACACACUGGAUAUUUUCAUUUUGCACAUUGUUAGAACAACAGGUAAGAUGGGCAGCAGUGGCUCAGUUGGUAGUCAGUCAUCUCCCAAUCAAAGGGAAAUCCAUGUGUUGAAGUGCCUUUGGGCAAGACACUUGACCCCACCUGCCCCAGCUGGCUGCGCCCAGUUGUCCUUGAAUGUACGUCACUUCGGAUAAAUGUGUCUGCGGAAUGACAUUGUAAAUUGUGAAUUGCUAGAUAUUACAAAUGUUACAAUAAAUCACACAUCCCUGUUAUAACUGAAUCUGAUAUCAGACCGUAAGUGCUCCUUUGCCUGGAUUUUUUUUAGGAAAUAUAACUACAACAUCAAUCCGGUAAAAUACAUGGCACGGAGGCAGAAUCACUGCAGUCUCUGUCCGUGUUAACCUGUGACUGUAUGCAGAUGUCAGCGGUGUGUCAGGUGUGCUGGUCCUUUUACUCACUCACUUACAGUAUGUAUUUUUAAGGCAUCUCUAUGACCAUUUUGUCUGUUUCUCACUGUGUUUAUGGCCCUUUAUUUGCAAAAUAUCCCAAAUCCAUCCAUCAGUGAUGAGAACAAUGAGGAGUAUAAAGUUCGUUAGUCAACUGAAGUAGCCGCGAUCCGCGGUUUGAUUUCAUUCACGCUGACUGCGAUCAGUACGAGUGGUGACAGCGGAUGCUUUUCCACAUUAAAGGGGGAAAUAUUUGUAAUAUAUCUUCGUUAACACCAAGUGUUUCGUUUCUACGUAUUUAAAGCGUGGAUCAUAGUUGUGGAGACGUCCACACAAACAUUGAAUACAACCAAUAAGUGAGGUGUACAUGCUGUGUUAAUUACAUUGAAUAUCAAUUGAACGAAUGAUACACAGAUUCACUGCCCCCUAUCGGCCAGAAGGGACCAGAACGAGUGGGGUCCGUGACGUAUCUUUCCUGCGCCACUUGAGAUUGCGAAUCAGAUUGAAUUAUGAGACACUUUUUGCGGGGCGAGCAUGAAAACGAAAAAGCAUUUCUGAGUUUGCUUUUGCUUUUUAAUUGAGCCACAAAAUGAGCAGUCUUGAAGAAGAAAAUGAAAUUGCAUUUUGGAAUAUUGCUUUUGAUUUUUAUUUUUGAGUCAAAUAGUGCAGCCAUGACUUUGAAAUGAAAAAGCAUUUCUGCUAAUGCUUUUGAAUUUGAGAUAUGAGUCACAAUCGCUUCCAUAUUAUUUAUGGCUAUUGAGUGGCUUUUUGGUUGAUGUUUGCACGUGGAGUGGUAGACCACUGUGUGUUGCUAUCGUGUGGUCAUUAUUUAAGUUGGUAUACAGUUGAGGUGGAAGUUAUUAGCCCCCUAUGAAAUUUUAAGUUUUUUUCCAAAAUUUCUGAAGUGCUGUUUAACAGAUUAAUGAUUUUUUUACACAGCUUUUCCAAACAUCCUAGUUUUAUUUUGGAUCCUUACAUUACAUUACAUUUUACUUUGCACACAGAAACAAAUUAUUUCACAACAACCAAAAACUUAUUAAAUUUAUUAAAUUAUUAGCCCCCCUUAGGCUAGUAGUCAGUUGUGUGUCCGUUUUGCUGGAUAACAGCAUGCAGUCGUUUGCUGUAGUUUGUAACAAGGCUCUGGCACAUCACCUGAGGAAUGCCAGCCCAUUCCUCUUUGGCAAAUCUUUCAAGCUCCUUCAGAUCUGAUGGUCUUCUAGCAUGGACCCUGGUCUUCAGUGCAGCCCACAGAUUUUCAAUGGGAUUCAAGUCAGGGAUUUGUGCAGGCAAGUCAAUAAUGUUCACUUUGGUUUCCUGGAGGCAGCUCCUCACCAGGAGUGCUGUAUGUUUUGGGUCGUUGUCAUGUUGGAAGACAAAGCGACGACCCAGACCCAGUUUUGCUGCUGACUGCUUGAGGUUUUCUUUCAAAAUCUUCACAUAUCCUUCUUUCUUCAUUGUUCCUUCAACCUUGACAAGAUUCCCAGUUCCAGAUGCACUGAAACAUCCCCACAGCAUGAUGCUCUGACCACCGUGUUUAAUUGUGGGGACAGUGUUCUUAGGGUUAUAUGCCUCUCCCUUCUUCUUCCAAACAUAAGCAAUGUGUCUGUGGCCAAAGAGCUCUAGUUUGGUCUCAUCUGACCAAAGUACACAAUCUUUCUCCAGAUUGUCCUUAGCAUACCUCAGUCUGGCCUGAAGGUGUCUCUUUUGUAGAGGUGGAGUUUUUCUUGGCCUGUAUCCUUGUAGUCCAUUUCUGUUCAGGGCUCUAAAGACUGUCUUGUUUGACACCACAAUUCCUGACUUGGCUAAGUCAGCAACUACUGUGUUGAUGGUUGUUCUAGGUUGUUUAGACACAUCUCCCACCAGUUUUCUUUCCAGUUUCCUUGAAAUUUUUUGCUUUCUACCUCUCCCAGACUUGUUCUGUACUGUGUGACUCCCCUUGAAUUUCUUAAUGAUACUUUCACUCCACUUCUUGACACUUGGAAACGCCUUGAUAAAAUUUUAUAUCCUUCUCCUGCUUUGUGAGCAUCAACAAUUCUUUUUCUCAAGUCUAAACUGAAUUAUUUUGUAUUUGCCAUCAGCCUUCUCAAGUGACAGCUCAAAUGCGUAACAAGGUUUUUAUACUGUGUGUAAAGUGUAGGACAACCUUUUGUUUUCACUUAAUUGAUUGAUUGAUUACAAGCACUAAAAAGUGAGAGCACAUGAUUGCACAACAGUGGUUUUUGUUUUGGCUCAAUAAAAACAUCAAUUCUUAAGGGGGCUAAUGAUUUUGACCCUGGUAGUUUUUGGUUUAUGUGAAAUAAUUUUGUUUCUGUGUGCAAAGUAAAAUAAUGUAAGGAUCCAAAAUACAACUAGGAUAUUUGGAAAAGCUGUGUAAAAAAAAAAUCAUAAAUCUGUUAAACAGCACUUUUAAUUUCAUAGGGGGGCUAAUAAUUUUGGCCUUAACUGUGACUAGAGAAGCAAGCAGUCUUCAACAUUCAUCUCUCAAGGGGGUGUCUAACUCGGUGCUACAUGUGUUUGACCCUUACUUAAUUUUGCUCCGGAGUAUCCCUUUAAGAGACUUGUUAAAUUAUAUUUAAGUGGCCCGGUUUGACAACAUAGGCAAAUUUGCUAAAAUUACAGUUCAACCCUGUUUUGAAAAUAAAGCAGUCAAGUAAUUUAUUUUGCAAAACAGAAGGAAUGAAGGUUAAAGGGUGUAUAAUACUUUUCCACAUUUACAAGAACAACUGCAAAGUUACAAAGUUUGGUGUCUGUACUAGACAAAAACAACAGGAGUGAGGCACUGAACGAACUCCACUAGCACAUCAUUUAACAGCUGACAGCCCACCCCGAUGCCUUCCUCAUCCUGGCUGGGGAUUUCAACCAUGCCAACCCCAAGAGUGUGUUUCCACAACUUCAUGGACAUGUCAACUUUCCUACAAGAGGCACCAAUAUCCUGGACAAUGUGUACACCACACAGAAGAGAGCCUACAAAGCCUACCCCCUCCCCCCACCUUGGGGCCUCAGACCACAUCAGAGACGCUCCAAGACUGUUUCUCCACCACCAACUGGAGCAUGUUCAGACAUGCAGCCACUUACAACAACACUACUGAUCUCCAGGAGUUCAUGGAGACCUUCACUGCCUUCAUGAGGAAGUGCAUGGAUGACGUCACGGUCUCCAGAACCUUGACUGACAGGGGAAGUCCACAGGCUCCUGUCCUGGAACACCAACACCACAUCACUGGCCAAAAAAGCCCAACAGCGUCUCUACUUUCUGCAGACACUGAGAAAAGCAAGAGCCCUGUCCCCCAUUGUGUACUCAUUCUACAGAGGCACCAUAGAGAGCAUCCUGACCAGCAACAUCACUGUGUGGUACAGACCCUGCACCGUAUCCUGCCGCAAGACCCUGCAGUGCACCGUGAAACAGCUGGGAAGAUCAUUGGUGUCCCUCUUCCCGCUCUGUCAGACAUCUAUCACACCCGCUCACCCCUGCAAAGCCACCAGGAUCGCAGGUGACCCCACCCACCCACCCACCCAGCCCACAGUCUCCUCAGCCUGCUGCCGUUGGGGAGGAGACUGCAGAUUCUCUGAGUGAGGAUGCUCAACUCCCUCUAAGAGAGUAUUUGAGUAUUGAGAGUAUUUAAGGUAGCCUUUCGUCUAGCUUAGUUGUUCAUUCUUAUAUUUUUACUUUUAUAGUUUUAUUCUUCAAGUUUAUGCUUAUGCAUCAUGGGUCUGAGAGGACUGAAAUCUCAUCUGUGCUGUAUGUUUAACAUGUGUUGCAUAUUUGGUAGGGAUGCACGAUAUUUAUCGGACCGAUAAAAUAUCGGCCGAUUUGGGGGGAAAUUACGUCAUUUUUUAUCGGUCCGAUAGGUGCAUUUUUCCGAUAGAAAGAUCCGAUAUAUUAAUGAAAUUACGAGUAAUGUUUGCAGGCAGAGUAGCCGCCCGUCCGAGACGCGCUGGUCACGUCGUCUAUCAAGCCUUACUCGCAGGUCCCAAGCCUGACCCCGUCACUGCCUGACAGAUAAUAAAAUGUCUUCACCAGCAUGGUCGUUUCUCUCAGUGGCAGAAGAUGACAACAGCAUUGCUAUAUGCAAAACCUGUUCAGCGAGGAUUUCAAGAGGAGGAAAGAAGACGUCAAGUUUUAACACAACGAAUCUGAUAGCUCAUCUGAAAAGUCGCCAUCGCGGCGAAGCGGUAUUAAAAGAAUAUGAGACAGCUCUGUUCUAAAGCUAAGACAACAACACUACGGAGGAUCGAUGUCCCCAUUCAGCAGGCGUUUAAAAACUGCAAAAGCUUCUCAAGAGACAGCGAAAAGGCUAAAGCCAUUAACGACAAAGUGAUGGAGUUCAUAGCGGUCGACGACCAGCCUUUUUCCGUUGUUGAGAACCCGGGUUUUCGUAAGUUCAUAGCACACUUGGAGCCACGUUACACUCUCCCAAGCCGCCGCUUCUUCUCGGAUGUGUCUCUUCCUGCACUCUGUGAUAUUGUUGCCACAUACAUUCACAACCUGAUCGACAAGAACGGACUACACGUGAGUUUUACCACAGACAUAUGGACGUCAGAUGUUAGUCCGGUCAGCAUGCUAAGCCUAACGGCUCAUAAUGGCUCCUUUACAGUUUACAGUUCUGUUGAACAGCUCAGGGGAUCAAAUUAAGUUCUGCUUUUUGCUCUGUUAUUGUUAUUUAUAGCAAAUGACCACAUUUGAAGAGCCAAAAACUUUUGUUUGUUGUUCUAGAUAGGCCAGAGCAACAAAACUAUCAGUUUUCAAUCGCUGCAUCCUGCACAAACUGCAGAUUAUAUGAAGAUUAUAAUAAAUGUAAAAAUAUGAAUUUAUCGGUUAUCGGUAUCGGUAUCGGCCAUGAGAAGAAGAAAAUUAUCGGCUAUCGGUAUCGUUUGAAAUUUUUCAUAUCGUGCAUCACUAAUAUUUGGCAAUAAAGUUGACUUUGAAUCCUUGGCAGGCAUGCGUUUCUUGGUACAACAGCGGUAGCGACUAGAUUGCAAAAGGAGCAUAAACAAAAGAAAACCACAGACAUUUUUUUUUUUUUUUUGAUGAACUGACUGAGUUUGGUCACUGAUUUUGCCUGACAUAUUUGUUAUUCAGAAGAUACUGAGAUGAUCAUCAAGUUUGUUCAACAUAUCACAUUCCUAUAACCUAGAAGAAGUGUCAUAAAACAGUUAUGAUUAUUUAGUUCAAUCAGAAACAGAAUUACUUUAUUGAUCUCAAACUGGGUACAAUGUUACAGCAGCUUUUUCUUAGUGAGCCAAAGCAAUAUAAGAAAAGAAAUUACCUUAAUAAUAAAUAAAUAAAAAUAUAUCAUUAAGUGCAAUUUGCAUUUAAUACAGAAUAUAGCAAUAAUUGGGCUUUUCACGCUGAAAUUUGAAAAGAGCAGUGGUGCUAGUAAAAAAUAAAAUAUGUAUAUGCUGCAAGGAAUUAAAGUAUUAUGUAACAAUAUUUACAGGUAGGUGAUCAGAGCAGAGUACAAAUAUCAUGAUGAGGACAAUGAAAAUACUUUAUUCACAAGAGGUGAGCUGUUGCACAGUUUGGCUGUCAAUCCUCCCCUCAAAUCAUAUUCGAAUUUCUAAUGCUUCUUAUGUUAAAUAUCCAAAUAAUAUUGGAUUUUUUAAAUGUUUUUUUUUUUUCCUUUUAAAUAAUGUCAUUAUAUACACCAAUACCAGCUUAUUAUUAGGCCUACAUCCAGUGUCCACUAGAGGGCACUUCAACCAAAUCUCCUAUUUAACAUUUGCAACAAGUUCUAACAAAUCAAUACAAAACUUCAUGAAGGGAAAUUGAAAUGGUAUUAGGCCAAAUAUGCUUAUUUAGAUAUGUCCAGAAAAUAUUCAAGCAAUGAUGUUUAAUGAAGCUGAUGUUCAAUCAUUCAAAUACACAUCGCUAUCUCAAAGUCUCAAAAAGACAAGUCUUCAUGGAUAAAGACAAGCAGGCAAAUUUCUUACCACUCUGCUUGUUUCUGUACAUUUACAGAAGUGCAACAUGUUGUAAACUUUUAUCCAUGACACAGACCCAAACAAAUGAACAUCUAUUUUGUCACAGUUGUCAAGAUAAACAGACUAGAACAACAUUUUAUCCUAAAUGAUCAAGUUGUUUGCCAGCAACACUAAAUGAUCAACAUUUUCUGGAUUUAGUGCAGAGCGUUUUUUAUCCACUACAAUCCCAGCCAUGGAGAAAACAGUUCCUGCUCUUACCGAGGUCCCAGGGAAAUAGCGUUGGGCCAGCAGAGCUGUGUGAGGAAAUCUCACUUGUGCCAUUUUCCACCAUGUCAGUGGGUUGCUGUGAGUGGGCAGAGGGCUCUCUCUCUCUCAUGCAUGAGCAUCUUGUGAUGAAUAACAUCAUGUAGCACUCGAUCACAGUUUGUGCUUGUGCUUGGACUGUAAAUGUCCCCAAACAGGGCCCCUUAUAGCACUGAGAGCUGUUUUGUAUUAGUGCUGGCAAUCUGCAGCCUCAGAGCCCCCAUCUCCCGCAUUUUGCUCCGCUAUCACUUCAGCUCCAUUUUUACUUUCUCUUGCAGCUCCAGCUGUUGGUCACGUGUUCAGUGAACCAGCCGGUGGAAGCCUGGGUUGUAGUAGCUUGCAGCGUUAAGCGACAUUAAGGCAUCCUUGUCUUGCCCAUAAUGCUUUGCUAAAUUGUCUGAAAUCUUUGUUUUCAUUCUUCGGAUUGCAGCUGGAUUGUUAGUGGAGGUCUGUAGUUGAGAUUGGAGAACAAACUUCAGGGGGAGAACAGCUGGUGUGGUUGGGAAUCGGGGUGUUGAUAAAGCCUCAGUCGCCACUUUGAAUGGCUUAAGCACUGCUCUCACCUGCUCCAUGAGGGACUAGUCACUUGUACUCAACUUCAGACGUCACGGUUUCUUUUCCAUGAUAACAGCUGCAAACGCAGCUUGCUGCUCAGCUGCUGGGCAGGUUUAACUCCAAGCAGCUUCUGUUUAGCUUCUAGGAGGUAGCUGUCUGUGGAUGACUUGUUAAAAUGCAGUGCUGUGGCCUUAAGUCUGCUGAGCGGAGUUUCAAUAGCUUGCACUGCCAGCCUCCUCCUCACAGCCGGGUUAAAAGAGUGCACCAUGCAGGGGAGAUCUGUGACUGGCAGGUGCCUCUCCACAUUGUUAAUGUAGUUACCAGCAUUGUCUGUGGUAUUAGAAAGAACUGACUCAUGACUGACGUUGUACUCUUGAUGUUAUCUAUGAACUUGGCAACAUUCUCGGAAGUGUGGCUUUUUUAAAAUUCUAUCAUUUGGAGAACGAUAUGUUUUAUUUCCCAGUCCUCGUUUAUAAAAUGUGCCGUCACCGUCAAAUAUGAGUCCGUGGCCAGUGAUGUCCAUCCAUCUGUGAUUAGGGCGAUUGAUUGUCCACUAAUAAUUUCAUGGAUAUUCUCUUUAGUGGUAUCAUAGAGCUUCACGAUUCUGUUGGUAAUGGUCCCAUGAGAGGGAAUCGUGUACCUUGGCUCAAUCUUGCAGAUGAACUCCUUAAACCGUCCCCCUGCAAGAUGUUAACUGGCCUCAUAUCUUUGCCGAUGAACUCAGUCAGCUAUUUCUUUAUCCCCUCUUGCCGAGCAGCUGGCAGACAACGAGAUGAGGAGGGAAGCAAAAACGAUGUUAUCCUUGCCUGUUUUGACCGUGACUCUUCCUCAGUCGCCAACUGUUGUGCGUACUCAAAGUAAUAGAAGUGCGCGCUCAUGUUGCUCGUAGUCGAGUGGUACUUAAGCGACUUACAGCAUAACUUGCAAAUGACAGUUUCUCUGGAUGUAAUCUUUACAUAUCUUGAUGGAAAUCCACAAUUUUUCCACACGAAGCUUUUUAAGUUUUCUGGAGUUAUGGUGUCCAGCUCUGCGUCUGUUGGUGCGCUGCUUUUCACCAUCUUGUAAGCAUAACAAUGAGGAAGGUCAAGACGUACGAUAUUGCCUUUGCGUUAUUGCCAUGGUGGUCGUUGCUAAGGCAAAAGUAUGAACGUCAGUUUCCACACUCGAAUCUUCAAAAAAAAUUUAUUCGACUUGUAUUCAAAUAGUAAAGUUUGUUUUAAAAGCCCUAUUGCACGGUGUUAUGGCCCUGGGUAGGAAAGAUUUCCUGUGUCUGUCCUUGUGACAUCAGAGCUAGAUCAGUCUGUUUCAGAUGGUGCUUUGCUGUCAGUCCAGUAGGUGGUGCAGAGGGUGACCAGGCUUAUCCAUAAUGGAUAACUGUUUAGAGUCCUCUUCUCUGACACCACUACUAAAGUGUCUAGCUUGCAGCCUGUAACAGACCAGGCCCUCUUGACGAGUUUAUCCAGUCUCCCGAUAUCACCAGCUCCAGUGCUGCUCCCCCAGCAGAUAACGGCACUGAAAAGAGUACUCGCCACAACAGAAUGAUAGAAAAUCUCCAACAUCUUGCUGCACACGUUGAAGGAUCUCAGCUUCUCCAGAAAGUAGAGUCUGCUCAUCCCCUUCUUGUACAUAAAAUGUGAGUUGGCCUUCCAGUUCAGUUUGUUGUCAAUGAUGACACCCAGAUACCUGGAUUUCUCUCCCACAGAUACAUCCUCCCCUUGGAUACACAGUGGUGGUGGUGGUGGCGCUGUUUUCUUCCUUCUAAAGUCUAUCACCAUCUCUCUAGUCUUGUCCACACUCUGAAUCAGGUGAUUUCUUCUUGUCCACUCCACAAAAUUAUCCACGAGCUCUCUGUACUCUCCCUCUUGUCCACUACUUAUACACCCCACCACAGCAGAGUCAUCAAAAUUUGUCAAUUUUAGAGCUGAUAUCCGAUCCAAAUAUCAGAUCGGUGCUUCCCUAAUCACUUCCCUAAUCAGAAGUGUAUCAAGAGCAGUAUUGCUAAAGAUACGGGACGAGUCUAUUUUUGCUGCUCUACGCUUCCAAUGGGUGUCAAUCUACACAGAGAAGAUUGUUUAGACAGGUAGUCAAGCAUAAAUAUUGCAUGUCAUCUGGUAUUUCAAAAUAAAACACCAUAUGCGAACUCCCGUCUGUGCAUCAGUUAGUGUUAUGGAUUUAUCAGUAAGACAGAACAAUCUGAUGGUCAAUCCCUGAUCCAUGUGGACCCCAACAGGUAGGACUGGGCGAUUAUAUGAUCGUGAUCGAUGAUCGCGAUAAAUUUCAGUUCGAUCACGGUGAUCAGCUGUGAGCAUAUUUACUCGAUCAAACAUGGCGGAAAUGUGCGUCACAACAGCCAAUCAGAGUCGAGCUUUUCCUGCUUACUUCUGUAAGUUACCAGCGAAGUAAACAGAAUGACCGAACAUGGAGCUAAACACGGAGCUGAGGGCAGCAGAAUAGGUGUGAGCCGUGACUUUGAGUCAUCCUCCGAAGAUGUUAUAGUUGAGAAGUUAUUCAACGUCUCUCCAAAGUGAUGUCGAGCAAUUAAGCCGAUAAACCAGCAACAUAACAAAUCUGUUCUUCCCAAGUGAGUAUGUGGGAAGCAUGAAAAUGCGAGUAGAGUCUGCACAGCCUGCCACUGCCGACAGUACAAAUAACAUUAGCGGUUUAGUCACAACUAGCGGUGCAGCCACUAGACCAAAACGGCAAUCAAUCAUAUCCAUACCUGCCAACACUCCCGUUUUUCCCGGGACUCUCCUGUAUUUCAGACCUAUCUCCCGCCCACCCCCAGUACUGUCAUUUCUCCCGGGAAUUUCUCGUAGCAUGGUCCGCAUUGGACGAAUCGGAUCACUAUAUUCGUCUAAAGUUUCCAGACAACCGGAGAUUGUCCUCUGUUUCUGCUGAGCCUCACAGACAGUGGAUUGAUACUUUUACUUUACAGUUUGGGAUGAUUCAGGUUGGUGUCAGCUGUAAACUGUAUUUAAGCAGUGUUUGUUGGAAAAUGAACACUUCAAUGAAAGGAAAACAAACGCGAGAUAUGUGAGAGUGAUGUGUUCAGGGCAGCCUCAGAUAAAAGAGUGCUGUAUUUCAUGCACAGAUGUUCAGAGAGCCUCAUACGGGAGAGCAUGUAAAACAUAUGAGGGCUUUGACACUAAUAUUAGUGGACUAAAUAAGUUCAAGGCAUAUCAUACCUUUUAUCUUUUUAUUACCAUUUGUUAUUGUUAAAAAAAAAGUGUGCAGUUUUACUUAUACUUAUUUGGAUGAGCAAUUUGAUUACAGAUACUCUCAUAAUUAGCUCAUAUCCACCAUACGAGGUCACCCCAAAACUGCCCAGCUCGCGCCACAAACAACUCCUGGAUUUUAUAACCCAAAUGUUGGCAGAUAUGCAUAUCAUCUAAUGUUUACAUUUUAAAGCAUCUUUAGUAUCCCUGAGGGGGCAAUUUGUUUAUUUUUAUGUCUCUCGAUUGCCUUCUCUCCCUCUCUCUCUUGCUCUCUUUCUCUUUCCCUCUCCCUCUCUUUUACUCGCUCUCUUUCUUACUCAUGUCAUGCUAAUUUUGAGUAUAGCUGCUUUAUUUAGUAUCAUGCUUUUCUGGUACUGGCCAUGUCAGAUAAAGUCUUGUGAUAUCAGAAAAUAUUGGGAAAAGAUUUGCAUGGGCAAAUCAAAAUAUCUAGCAUUUAUAUAAAGACUACAAUUUAUACAAGGUUUGUGGUCAAUAUGAAUCUAAAGAAGCAAAAACAACCAAGAAAUCGUGUCACACUCUCUGUUGCUAGUUUAACACUUUGAAACAAGCCAUGUAAAAAUGCUUCUCAUUUAAACAAGGGGUUUCACAUAUUUCUUUUUAGGAAGCUCAGUCUGUUUCUCAGAGUUCAUACCUGUGAAUCAAAACAUACCUAAAAUGUUGUUAAAGAAGGUAAUGGAUCUCAGCUCAGGGCUCAUAAGAAUGUGGUGCUGCUCAGGUUCACUAAAGUAGAAAGUAACAGAAUUAGGUUGAGCACCAGCAGCUCCUGACAAACUAAACAUUAGACAAUCAAAGUUAGCUGUUUGAGGUUGGUGUUGCUGUUUAGACAACGGCGCUGAAUGAUUUUGGACAACAAUCAAAUUGAGAUUUUUUUCCCUCAAUAUUGCGAUUUAUUAUGCAAUAAUUUUUGAAGGUCCUCUGCUAAUGUAUUUUUCAACAGCAAACAAAUAAUAAAUAAAUCUGUUUUAUAGUAAUCAAUAUCAGAUUAAUUAUACAUGAAUUGUUCUUCUGGCAAUUAUCAUUUCACACACACACACACACACAGGCUCUCUCUGACCACACACAAUUGCGCACACACAUGCACGCACCAUCAUAUAUGUCAUGAUACUAAUCUACGCACUGAUGGCGAGAUGCCCAACACACUAGAGUCCAGUCUAUUCAUUCAGCUGUGCUACCAUCACCAUAUUGGAUGGGUUUUCCGGCGUUAUGCAGGUAUGGUUUGAAAUUGAAGCACUGGUCGCUGGUGUUUUAGCCAUUCAACUAUCAUACUCCACUUCGUUGCAUUUUGUUUAAAGGGGACCUGCCAUCAAAAUUUCAUACCCAUUUUUAUCAUUUUUUCAUAAUCCUUGAUGUCCUCUGAUCAUGUUUGCAACAUAAUUUUAGCUGAAAAGUUAAUUGAUGGUUUGUUUUUAGUAUGCCUAAAAAACCUUACAGGAAAACCAACUGAUUUUGGCUCUUUAACAUUUAUGGUAAUGAGCUUUGCUCUGAUUGGAUGGCUGCUGUGAAGCCUGCUGUGCUCUGAUUGGCUCAGCAGUGGAUGUUCGGAUUUCGGUUUAUCCAUUUUGCUAAUGUUUGCUAAAGUAAGGUGCCCAGAUGUCUGUAAUGAUAUCCGGGGAUAUUGCCGGCGGCGGGGGAGGGUGCAGGGGCUGAAGGGGCUGUAGGGGCUGCAGGGGCUGCAGGGGCUGCGUGAUCACAGACAAAAUCUCGGUACUAUUUAGUAGCAGCGCAUGCCCCUUGUAAUAACCGUUAUUCGAGCCCACACGCAAUAUUUUUGCUCUCAUUCAUGAAACGCUUAAAUCGGGGAAAUUUUCGUGGAUAGCUUUUGCCGGUGACAGGUCAUCCAAUACGGGGACUGUCCCCGGAAAUUGGAGACGUCUGGUCACCUUAUGCUAAAGGCUAAAAAUGGCAGGUAUUAAACCAUAUAUUUUAGACCCGGAGUCCGAAGAGGAGGUGGAAGUUGAAGAAGAAGUUAGAGAUCUCCAGCGGUGUUUUCUCAUUCAUUUUGCCCAGCUUUAAGUUCAUUUUCCCGGCAGUGAACUCAAGGAAACACCGGUCGUUUGGAAGAGACCCAUAGCGGAUACAGUGGUAGCUGGGUCUCGCUCUGGCUGGAGAGUGAUGUUGACUGUGAAUGAGUACAAGAACGAGAGAGUGGGCGCGGCUCACCGAGGACGCGCUCGUGAAUAAUAAUGAGCAAGGUCAGCGUGACGUCAAAAGGACCUGCUUUUUCAAUUGGCCUGGUUUACCCGUUCCUUUAUUUUAAACCUUUACAGAAUGCAAACAACGUAACGGUUUGUUUUCACAUUUACAACAGACGAACAUAAUAUGGACCUUAUCUGACACAAAAACACACAAAAUUACAUUUUUGAUGGCAGGUCCCCUUUAAGUGUUGACAAAAGUUUUUAGUGUCAUCUUCUGAUGUAGCAACAGUUGCAUGGCAGGUUCUGCACACAUUGCACAGCAGCAUCUUUUUUAGCCUAAAUAAAUCCACACAACUUCUGUACUGCCUCUCUUUGGAACUAAACUUUCUGUAGUGGCAUCAGGCCAUUGUGCAACAGAGUGCAGUGUUGACCUCACUCUCGCUCGCUCACAAGUCAUGUGACCAGAUAACGUGACCAGUCAAAAUUGCAGCCUUCACGGUUAGAAAAUUGCAUUUUAUCAUAUUGUGAUGUAAUCGGAAAUGCAAUUAAUCAUUUAGGCCUAUCAGACAUAUACAGUGGAUAUUAAAGUCUACACACCCCUGUUCAACUGCCAGGUUUUUGUCAUGUAAAAAAAUUAAAUCAAGAUAAAUAAACCUUUAAUGUGACCUAUAACUUGUACAACACAAUUGAAAAACAAACAGAAAUCUUUCAGGGAGGUGAAGUAAAAAUAAACAACUGAGAUCAUGUGGUUGCACAAGUGUGCACACCCUUUAAUAACUGGGGGUGUGGCUGUGUUCAGAUUUUACCAAUAACAUUCAAACUCAGGUUAAAUUGGAGUCAGCACACACCUGUCACCAAUUAAAGUACCUCUGAUCAACCCCAAAUAAAGUUCAGCUGUUCUAGUAGGUUUUUCCUUAUAUUUUUGUAGCCACAUCUUCCAGCAAGAGCCAUGGUCCGCAGAGAGCUUCCAAAGCAUCAGAGGGAUCUCAUUAUUCAAAGAUAUCAGUCAGGUGAAGGCUACAAAAGAAUUUCCAAGGAAUUAAAUAUACCAUGGAACACAGUGAAGAUCAUCAUUAUCAAGAGGAGAAAAUUUGGCACAAUGGUGACAUUAUCAAGAACAGGACGUACGUCCAAAAUUGAUGAUAAGACAAGAAGAAAACUGGUCAGGUAGGGUACCAAGAGGCCGACAGCAACACUUAAGGAGCUGCAGGAAUUUCUGGCAAGUACUGGCUGUGUAGUACAUGUGACAACAAUCUUCUGCUGUCUUCAUAUGUCUGGGCUAUGGGGUAGGGCAGCAAGACAGAAGCCUUAUCUUACAAAGAAAAACAUCAAAGCCCGGCUUAAUUUUGCAAAAAAACAUCUGAAAUCUCCCAAACACAUGUGGGGGCUGUUUUUCUUCAGCUGGAACUGGUGCCGUAGUCAGGGUGAAGGGAAUUAUGAACAGUUCCAAAUACCAGUCAGUGUUGGCACAAAACCCUCUGCCUUCUGCUUGAAAACUAAAGAUGAAGAGGAACUUCAUCUUUCAGCACGACAGUGACCCAAAGCACACAUCUAAAUCAACAAAAGAAUGGUUUCACCGGAAUAAGAUUGAGACUUUGGAAUGGCCCAGCCAGAGCCCAGACCUGAAUUCCAUCGAACAUUUGUGGGGUGAUCUGAAGAGGGCUGUGCAUAGGAGAUGCCCUUGCAAUCUGUCAGAUUUGGAGCAGAUUUGCAAUGAAGAGUGGGCAAAUAUUGUCACAUCAAGAUGUGCCACGCUUAUAGACUCCUACCCAAAAAGACUGAGUGCUGUAAUAAAAGCCAAAGGUGCUGCAACAAAGUAUUAGUUUAAGGGUGUGCAUAAUUAUGCAACCAGGUUAUUUUAACUUUUCUAUUUUUAUCUUUCCCCUUAAAGGUUUUAGUUUGUUUUUCAAUUGCAUUGUACAGGUUAUAGGUCACAUUAAAGGUGGAAAAGUUGUGAAAAUAUUUAUCUUGCUGUCAUUUUCUUACAUCACGAAAACCUGGCAGUUGAACGGGGGUGUGUAGUUUUUUUUAUAUCCACUGUAGCUGUAAAUGUGUAGAGAGAAAGUGAUGCAUUAUUUUACUGCUUUGUUUUAAUUGGGUAACCACUUUAAUUGUAAGUGGUGUGAGAUAAAGUUCAGACUUAUAUGUUGGCUGUAGGGUGUCUAGAUCUGCUUUUUAGCUCCACUGUGUUCAGGUUGGGGCAUGUAAGUAAGAAAGGAAUGCUCUACCCUCAGCAUUGUUAAAGGAGUUAACAAGGAGAUUUCUGUGAGAAAUUCCUUGUUCAUAGCAGCCUGUGGGAUCCAUAAAUAUACUCAGUCUUCACCUUCAGGAGCACUCGACUGAUUUUCAAUGGCCUAUGCCGAUACUGAUGGCCAGUUGGCUGAUCGCCGAUCCACAAUUCACUUUUUUUUUGUUCAACACAAUUCAACAAUUUGACAAAGGAAUAUUUGAUCAAAUAAAUGUGGGUGAAAAAAAAAAUUGGAUAUCUGUCCAUAAAUCUAAAAUGGAUAAUCAUAACAGACGAACAGUUCAUAUAACAGAAGUUAAACUAGAAAAAUUGCAUUUCCUCGCAGAAAAUGCGUGGAAAUGCUGAGUGCUGAAAGCUGAAAAAGAAAUGCUAAACUGCCAAUAAAAAAUGGAGGCAGGUAUGAAUGGAAAACUGUUGAAAAGGUAGAGUAGAAGAAGAAGAAAUUGUAUGAAUAGAAGAAUUGUAGUAUAGCUGAAGGUAAAUUAGUUGGAUGAAUGUACAAAUUGUCUAAUAGUCUAAGUGAAAAACGUAUAUGACUUGUGAAUAAACAGAACUGAAAAGGAUAACUGAAUUUGAAUAACGAAUGCAUUAAAAUAAUGUGUAACAAUGUUCACAUUAAAUGUACAAAAAGUAAAACAGAUUUCUGCAUUCUGCAGCAUCCAACCAUAGUAACUUGAGAAUUCAGAACAGCACCAUCUAUUGCUGUGCUUCAGUUACUGCAUUCUGCAUUCAUUUCUAAUGGAACAAAUUUUGCAGAAAAAGUUGAAUAUUGCAAAAAGUAUAAAUGGUAGAAAGGUGAAAAGUAAUAGCAAUAAAGGAGUGCGUUAGUAUAAAAUUUGAAUGGUUAAAAUAGCACAAAGUGGGAAGGAGUUGAAAGGGGCCAAACAGGUAUGGAAUAAUAAUAAUAAUAAUAAUAACUAGAAAAAUUGCAUUUCCUUGCAGAAAAUGCAUGGAAAUGCUGAGUGCUGAAAGCUAAAAAAGCAAUGCUAAACUGCUAAUAAAACAUGGAGAAAGGUAUAAAUGUUAAAGCUGUUGAAGGGGUGAAAAAGAAAUAAAAUUCAGAUAAUUGUUUAAUUGGUUGAAGGACAAAUAGUUUGAAUAUGCUCUAUAAAACGAAAUUUUAUUACUGCUGAAAGAUGCUAGAAAAAUGUCUAAAAUUGCACAAAGUUUGAAUGAAGAAGGAAAUUGUCUUAAAAGGCAGCAAGGUGAGAAGUGGCAUAAGUUUAAGUUGUAGUACAAGAAGUAGUAUGACAAGUAGUGAAGUAGUGAUAUUAGUAGUCAUGUAAGCAGUAGAAGUAGUUUGAUAAUAAAAGAAUUAUAAGUCAAAGUAGUAGAGCAAGUAGAAAUAGUAGCAAUAGCAGCAGUAGAGAAAGUAGAAAUAGGAGCAAUAGCAGUUGAAGUGGAGGGGAAAGUACUAGUUUAAUUGACAUUAGCAGUAGUUGUAGUACUAGAGGUGGGAUUUUGUUUGAAGGAUGGAAUAAUGCAUAAAUAUUAAAACUAAUUGAAACAGGGAAAAUUUCAAUAAUUAAAAAUCCUCAAGUAUCAGAAAGUUUUUAAGUAUCAGAAAGGUUUGAAUCAGUUUAAAUGAGUUUAAAUUAGUUUGAAAAAUUAAAUAAUAAAUCAUCACUGAGUGACUUUAAAAUGUGAAAAAUUUAGAUGAAUAUAAAUCCUUAAUACACCCAACAAUGUCCUCAAUGAGCUUAAAUUGUGAAGCCCUGAAUGGUUUCUGUAGGUCAUUGUUCAUGGGAGGAGAUGGGGGCCGAAGUUUGUCUGGUGCUCUGGUGAAUGGUUUUAAAUGUAACCCCCAUUGCUCUGUGUACUGAGCCUGGUUUCUCAUAUGGCCGUUAGAAGCAGCCUUCCAGUCAGCUGUGUGUCUCCAGGUGCUCUUAUUGGUUGCCAUGGUGACGAUAGAUGCAUAACUACAGCAGGAGAAAGGAGGCUUGAGGCUGAGAACAUAAUGCCCAAACAACGCCCUAGUGCUCAUCCUCUGUAACUGCUAUCUUCAUGAUAAGGAGCUUGUGAGAACCACAAGACCCGGCUGAACACGUUGAUACAACUUCUGUGUUUGUGGAGCCAAAAAUGGCUUAACUCGGACAAGUUAAAUACAUGUCCAGUUUGUGUUUCCUCUGAAAAACCUCCUCUCACGUUUCUAUUGGAGUCAAUGGAGAAAGCUGGAGAAAUUUGGGGGAUGUCUGUGUCAGGUGGUGUCCGCCCAGGCCACUGUGUGUGUCCUACGGCUUUGAUUUUUGAGAUGAAGAGUGACAAGUGUUGCCAUCACUGUACCAAAUAUUAUCUGUAUAGAGUAAAGUGAGUUGCCACAAUCCUUUUGUAAAGACAAAGUUUUGAGGAUUCAUUUUCAGCCUGUCUCACUCUAGCGGCCAACAUUCCAUGCAAUACACACUAAUGUUAAAACCUGAAGAAGUCAGAAAAUCCUGUGACAGUUUGAACUGUCACUGUGAGAAAAGUAUGAAGGUCAUGAAGAUGGUGAAUGAAUGAGUGAAUGUCUGAAGAUGUGUGAAUAUUUUAAAGUUUGAAUGAAGUUUCUAGGUGGAAGUAUGAAUGAAUGAGAAGAGGUUGAAUUUGACUACUUCUGAAGCCCUUUUCCAAUUGACUCCCAUUAUAACAAAGUUUUAAACAAAUCUUAAUAUUUUGAAAAGUACAAAUGGGAUUAAAAAUGUUGAAGAUGUGGAAUAAUGCUGACGAAUUUGUGAAUAUUUUGGUGUUUGAAUGAAGUUUCUACGUGGAAGAAUAGGGGGGUUGAAGGCUUUUGAAGUUGUGUGAAGAAAAUGUGAGAAAAGGGCCAAUUUGAACAUUCCGUAAUGCAUUUCUAAUGGGAGAAAUUGGUCGGAAAACCUGGAAUAUCUCAGGAAGUAUAAACGUUAGGAAAAUUUUGAAUACAUCCCCGAAUGUCCUCAAUGAGAUGAAUAUUUUGAAGUUUGAAUUUUGAAUAACGAAAAAUCCUAAAUCCUAAAUCCCUUCAACGAACUGGUCAUCUGCAGGGUUAUUGGUGGAUGUAUCACCAGGUCAUUCAGAGAGUUUUUGUGGUUUCUCAAGAAACAAUCAAACUGAAGAUCAACAUUUGUGAUCCAGAGGGAGUCGAGCUCCGACGAGCACCACGUCUCUGACAACGGCCAUUUACGGGUAUUUACGGCUGCAUUGACGGAUUUAUCCUCAGCAUAUUCAUUUCUGCCUCCACAAAAGCAGCGAUUCCAAGUACACCUGUUUUUUUUACCGUGGAAAAGACGUAUUUCUCAUAUAUUCUUUUUUAAGUCUUUAUACUUGUGACAAUAUGAUGCUGAUGUGCCAAAGGAUGAAGUAUCUCCGUGUUUGUGAAACCCAUACUGAAGCACAGUUCCUUUAAAUGCUUCAUGGCCCUAAUUUUAACAACUCUCCUUUGAAAUAACAGGUAACAUUACGACUUUAUUCUUAUAAAUGAAUGACUUUAUUCUCGUAAAUUCACAACUUAAAUCUUGAAGUCUUUAAAAAAAUUCUCAAUAUGGCCCUCAUACUCCUGCACACAAAACAUGCAAUCAUUGGAUGAAUUUUGUGGGAAUGAUCUGUGCUUGUAUGUAUCUAUUGUUUUGUGUCUGUGCAAGGUGGCACAAUAAAAAAUAAAUGCAGCGCUCUGCGGCUUUUCUUCAAGUCAGUCGUGACGUGAGCCUGAGGGCGGGGACAUUUGGCGACUAAACCAGGAAUUCCUCUGAAGGGUAGCGUGUCCCAUUUCACAAAAACCAGAUCAUCUCACUCAGGGUACUCCAGUCCACUGUAGCGAUUUGAAUUUAUAAUAAAUGUCUGAAGAUGAGUAAUCUCAAAUUAUGACAUUUAUGCACUCGUUGAAAGGGGCACCACCCACCCUUAAUGGUGGGAAAAUAAAGAAAAACAAAAGUUUAAUUCAGAAAUCAAACAACAAGUCAAAUUUUAAUUAAUCAAUCUCAUAUCUUGAGCCGAAAUUCUCAUUUCAGGGACUCCACUUCUGGAAGAACACUAACAGACAAGAACUUAGAAAAAUAAUGAUCUGUUUAUUACAGGAUAAAUGAUGAUACAACAUACAUGCAAUAAAUGAUGAUAAGAUAUUGAGGAUAAAUAAUAAUAGGUGAAUAAAUAAAGAUUCUGAGUUAGGCUAGGAGCACUAAAGUGAUUGAUAGUGAGUGAAUAUGCGCUAACAUAUUAACCUACACUAACUUUGGUGUCAAGAUAAAUUUGAAUGUGGAUUUAGAGGAAUCUAAGAUUACCAGAAUAAGUGGAUAUCUGAGUUAUGACCGCAUGAGACAGCAUCAGCCCUCUUUGGAGUUCUGGAGGUUUGCAUACUUAAGUGAGACUGGUCCUUGGAGAAGAUAGAGCAGGUUCCGAAGGUCCGGGGCUACCGGCAGUUCGAGCGGUUCAGCUCAGAAGACGACUGAAGUCAGCCGAAGGAUGGGCCAGGAGUUGUAGCACUCGGGCCUGAAGUAAAGCCGGCGCCUGUGGAUCCUGUGGAUGCUCGUUUGGAUGCUUCUUUGGUCUCACUCAAAAACUCUGGCACAGAGGAUGACCUAGGCCUGCUGGGUUGCGUUCAGAGAUGACUUUGAAAUCACGCAGAUAACUCAGAAAAACGAGGCUCGAUGACCAGAGAAAACUUUCAAAAAUGGCUUGCGAAAUUAAAGAAAAAUCAAUCAAAGGCUUAAUCUUGAAUUGCUAUGCGCGCAAAAAGUUGAAGUUUCAAAACUUGAACUAAGACGAUGUUAAAGAAAAAUCAACGUGAAUCAACACGUGGCGUAAAACUUAGAAGACUAAGAAAAAGUAAGACUAAGUAGUAAGAGCCAAGAGAAAACGAAAAGUUGAACUUAAGAGUAGAAGAGCAAUAAUAGAAGAGCGUAAGGGCAUAAGAGGCAUAAGAGAGGAGAAGCGAGUGAACAACCCCACUUUACUGGUUUUAUCUUCUCACACUGGGAGUGUCUCCAGCGUGUGUGUGUGUGUGUGUGUGAGGAGAAAGAGGAUGGGUUGUGUGGUCUCCAAGCAGAGGAAAACUCGGAUCUCUGAUUAUUUGAUCUAACUUAUACUUUUGGCUGGUUAAAGAGUCAGAUCUGAUACUCACUCACUAUGAUUAAUAUCAUUGAAUGCUUGGUUUCAUGAUAAAUAAUUUGAUACUAAACACAUAUGAAUGAAGUGUAGGAUCACCUCAAACAUUCUCAUAUUUUAAGUAUCACAUUGAACAUGCUAAAUUACUCUGAAAUGAAACAGUAACACAUGGAAACUGUGAACAACAAAAGAGUAAACAUAUGUGAAUGAACUUCAUCAUGAUUAAUAAUGGAUUCUAAAUACUCACAUUCAGAUUAUUCAAUGAUAUUAUAACCACCUAAUGGUUAAAAUACUAAAUAAAUGAUUAAAAUAUAGACCAAACAUUUCUAAACCAUUUCUGUUACUUAGAGUAAAGUUAUGAUUCAUAGUCAAUAAAUUUAACUCUUAAAAGUUCAUGAAACAGUCUGAAAAGCUGUUGGUCUAAAGAAACAAAAGAAUAAAGGAUUUAUUCUGUCAGAGUGAUAACUUGGCUUCUGGAGCACAUAGAAAAACGGGAAACUUCUCAUUUUAACACAAAUUUCAUGAUUAGACAGAUUAGUACAUUGCUGAAUGCAUAAGAUGUCAUGAUCAGUCAUUUGUAUUCUUUCACCAAAGGAAUGUAGUUUUUAUCAUAGUGCUGGGCGAUAGGACGAUAGAUAUCGUGGGCACGAUAGAAAAUGUCUAUCGUGCCAUUUUUAUUUUUAGCGUUUCGGGCGAUAGGCUGUAUUUAAUCCAUAGGGCUUGUGCCAUCAGAUGAUUCAUAGUAACAACAACAAUAAUUGCACAUUCAGUAAGUGUAUUUGGUGUCGAACGGGAAAGAAAACAAUAUUUUCUUACAAAGAAAAGGAUGCGUUGACAUGUAGGCUUGCAUUUCUCUUUCGAUUUUGCGACAUGACGCCGCUUUACGUGCCCUCUUUGUGUCCAGCGUCUCCCGCCGUUGCGGGUUACCUGAGUUAUUCACGUGAGGGGAUCAUUGUAAGCAGUGCUUAAUUUGUGCCGGAGCAAGUCGGAGCGCUAUCCGGGACCUCUUUUGAUCGGAUCCGGGACCUAUUUCAGACGUUCCGGCACCUGUUUCAUCUGCUCCGGGACCUUCCCUGUAGAGGAUGACAUUUUUCGGAAAUUCCCGUGGGUCACGUGAUUCCGGCGGGACUCCCACGGGAUGGGAGUCAUUUUUUAAUUAAUACCUUGAUCGGGACGGGACGGGAAAAAAGCAACGGGAGUGGGCAGGAGUGGGAACAACAUUAAAAGAUGAUCAUUUUCAGCCGUGUUUAACAACCAGAUGAACAGGUGCGUCCAUUUUUGUAGUCAUCUCUCAGUGAGAACCACACUCUUGACCGCGCUAGCAACACAAAAAAACUACAACAGUGGUUUGACUUCCUGUCAGCUGGGAGCGCGGCUGCGCAUUUGUACCCUUCAAGCCAGCAGCGAGUAAACGUAAUUUUGUGACAUUCUGUAGUUUUUCAAUCAUUUCUGGAGUCGUGGCGAAUCAAAUCACCUUACCUGUCUGCUCCUGAUAGGCGAAUAAAGCGCUCGGAUUCAUGCUCGGGUCUUGCUACGUGCUUCAAGAGUAAAGUAAACAAUGAUGGAGGCAGAGAGCAGCAUUGGAGGAGAAACAUCUAGCAGUGUGAACAACCUCUUCAAAAGAGCCCUAAAGACCUACCUUUUUAAUAAAGCCUUUGGUUAGUUUUCCUCUAUGCUUUAUGCUUUUACUACCUUGCCUCUUACAUUGCAACUCUUCUAUUUUUUUUUUUUUUUAAUUCUUUUUUUAUGCCAAUCUGUGACUGUCAUUCUAUUGCUUUUUUUAUUGUUGCUGCUCUUUUUUUACUGUGUACUGUAGCACUUUGAGAUUUUUUGUAAAUGUAAAGUGCAUUAAAAAUUAAAUUUAUUAUUAUUAUUAUUAUUAUUAUUAUGGAGUGCUUUGGCUCACACUAUCGGCGUUUUCUGUGAGUGUUGCGUAACUUUGGGUGAGCACAGACAUGAACGCACUUCAGCCACGUAUUUAUUUAUUCAUUUUUCUAGUUUUAAGUGCUGGUCUUGUACUGGUACUGUACUAGUGCAGCUGUAUACACUUAAAUUUUUCAUAGAACUGAAAGCAUACCAUAGCUAUAUCGUGAUAUAUAUCGUUAUCGUGAUAUAAAAUGAUCCAUAUCGUGAUAUACAUUUUUUUCCAUAUCGCCCAGCACUACUUUAUCAGUGUAUGGUCGAGCAGGGUUUUACGACCGAGGUCUGGAGGUCAGUGUCCUGCUCCUCAGCUUCCCUUGGGGUCCGUAUGUUCACACACUUUAAGACGGUAAAUCUCAAAUGGGAGAUCUGGGUUGAAGCGUUAAUGUUUAUUUAGAUGGUCAGCAAUGGAGUCAGUUUGAAAGGUAAUAAAAACUCUGUCUCUGUUCUCCGAAUUGACCAAUCGUGAAGAGUCAGAGGUUUGGUCAACCUCCGGUCGGGUCGCUUAGGUAACCUGAAAGUGCAAACAAGUCUGGAAAGAUUUAUAUCCUGUGUCCUGGGACCAGAUUAGGAAACUUUCCUGUGAGGAAUGUGUGAGUUUCACACCCAGGGUUGUCUUGAUUGCUACACCACAUAACGGCAGUGCGCUCAGCUAAGCCCGCUUAAGCGCGCUUAUCAUGAUGCAGUCUCUGAAAUGAGACACAGCCUCAGCCUGGCCUCAUGUGUCUCAUAUGGCCGUUAGAAGCAGCUUGCCAGUCAGCUGUGUGUCUCCAGGUGCACUAAUUGGUUGCCAGGGCAAAGGAAGAUGUGUCACUGCAGCAGGAGAGAGGAGGCUUGAAGCUGAGGAAAUGGCUCUCCAACAAGGCCCUGAUGGUCAACCUCUGUAUAUAUUCAUGAUAAGGAGCUUGUGUGAACCACAAGACUCUGCUGAACACAUUAUUACAAUUUAUUAUCACAAUCCUUAAAACAUCCCAAAGUGUCCUCAAUAAGCUGAAUUUUUCAAGCCCAGAAUGGUUUCUGUAGCUCAAAGUUUGUGGGUGGAGAUAGGUGGUGAAGCAGACACAACAUUUCUGUGUAUUUUAGCUAUUUAUCAGUAUUUUAUAAUUUUAUCUAGUUUGAUGUUUUUAGCUGAUUUAGUUUAUGUUUUUAUUGCAUUUCUCUAGUGUUUUCUCAAUAGGGGGGCCACCUGCACUGGAGGCUGUGACUGGUUUCUCUGCCUCGUGGUGUGGACUCAGCUCAGCCAGGCAGUGGUCUGCAGCAGUGCUUGCUGCUGUGGGCUCCUUACUGGCCGGUAGCAGGGUGCGCACCCGGAAGGAGGUGUCCUGGCCCUGGGCCGUGAGCGGCCUCCAGUGCAGUCGGCCUCCUGACAUCAUUUCCUGAUUUGGCUCCUCUGUACUCAGCCACACGCUUUUAAGAUUGCAUUAUCUGUGUGUGUGUGUGUGUGUGUGUGUGUGUGUGUGUGUGUGUGUGUGUUGGGGUGGGCUCUCGGUGAGGGUUGGGGUGAGGUGGCGGGCUGGAUAUGGGGGGGCUCAUUAUUUUAAAUUGUAAAGCACUUUGUGCUGCAUUUCUUUUAGCCUGAAAAGUGCUAUAUAAAUAAAGUUUGAUUUGAUUUGAUUUGAAGUGGCAUAAGUUUAAGUUGUAGUUCCAGUAUUAGUAUGAUUAGCCCUGAAUGGUUUCUGUAGCUCGAAGUUUGUGGGAGGAGAUAGGGGCCGAAGUUUGUCAAGCGCUCUAGUGAAGGGUUUUAAAUGAAACCUCCAGUGCUCUGUGUACGGAGCCUGGCUUCAUGUGUCUCAUAUGGCCGUUAGAAGCAGCUUUCCAGCCAGCUGUGUGUCUCCAGGUGCACUGAUUGGUUGCCAUGGUGAAGGUAGAAGCAUCAAUACAACAGGAGAAAGGAGGCUUGAAGCUGAGGAAACAGCUCUCCAAAUUGAUUCUUCUUCACAUGGCGCAAUUUCCUUAAAGUCCAGCAUAAGUGUAAGAUCAGCAUUUCCACUUAAUAAUAAUAAUAAUAAUAAUAAUAAUAAUAAUAAUAAUAAUAACAAUAAUAAAGAAAUGGGAGAAUAACAAUAAGUGGAAAUGCUGUGUCAGCAUUUCCACUUAUUACAAUACUCACCAGUGACUGUUUUGAAUUUGAUUUGCUGUUAAUGGCUGAUUCAAAUGAUCAGCUUGUUAUCAAGCUCUGUAAUAGCUUAAUAACGAGCUAAUCAUUUGAAUCAGGUGUGUUGGAGCAGGGAAACAUCCAAAACAUGCAGGACAGUGGGCCUCGAGGACUGGACUUGAGAACCACUGGACUUUAUAUAGAAUGGAUAUGGAGGGGCAGAACUGCAUGUAACUGAAAUCUCAUACAGUUAAUUAGAAAUGGGUUUGAUGGGAAGGGUUCAGCACUGCUACCUUUCUGCAGAAAGAGAUGAUCAGUCUCACCUCUGUGUUCAGCGGGUAAUCUGUUACUUUGUUACUUGGUCAACAAUUGAGUAAUACCUUCUGACCAAAAUUCCUGUACACUUCCUCCACAGUGACUAUUUAUUCAAGCUGCUCCUGAUUGGUGACUCCGGUGUUGGGAAAUCUUGCCUUCUCCUCCGAUUUGCCGUAAGUUUCACAAAAAUGGAUCACAGUUUCUUUAUAUCCCCAAGUUGUUUUCUGUAAAAUAGUUAAAAAAUAGUCAUGAAAAAUGUUAAAAGCUGUCUUAAAUUAGUCAACAGUACAUUUUACCAGCUAUAACUGUUAUUCUUGUUACCUUAGAGACAUGCUCUCUCUUCCUCUGUGCAGGAUGAUACAUACACAGAAAGUUACAUAAGCACUAUUGGAGUGGACUUCAAAAUACGAACCAUAGAACUUGAUGGAAAGACUAUUAAACUUCAGAUCGUGAGUAACCAAAUGCUUUUUUACGCACUAGAAAGUAAUAUCUGUCUCUGCCUUUUACCAUGGUUGUGUUCAGAGGGCUGGUUUUUCCCUGAACAAUAAAAUGGUCAGAUUAUUUCUUAAAUCAGCCUCUAGCUUUCAGCAAUAUCCAUAUGCUGUCUUUGGAUCGGUGCUCUUGUCUUAAUUGUUUUAACUGUAAAAGCUCGCCUGGAGGCAAGUGAGUUGAGGUGGUUGGAUUACCUGGUAAUCCUGUGAGUGCUAAAAUGGCUGUGAAAUUGUUACACAUAAUUUCUAUGACACCAAACUUGGAGGGAUUGCAGGUUAGAUGUUGUAGAGCAGAUCCAAUGAAUAAAAUGCCUACUCACAUUGGGCUUACUUAUACUUUUGACAAUAAAAUUCCUUUUUUUGUUUUUGGACAGAGAUAAAAUUUUGAUUUUUUUCCUGUAAUUUAUCUGAUACCAUUUUAGCAUUAUAAAGGUCACAGCCAAUUUUUCACUUGAUUUAGAUUCUGAAAGAUAUCACCUUUUCAUAGACACCAAGAUUGUGGAUCUAGGCCCCGCAGUUGAUGAGCUGUUACUGAUUUACUUUGGGUAUGUAAUUUCAGGCAGAAAUAACCCUGAAAUAGCUCAGGGUCCAAGUGGUUAAACCCUGUUUAUGUGGUUGUUCUAAACCCAUAUCUUGAUUUGUCCAAGAAGUAUUUUUCUUCCAAACAUUGUCCAUUUUGAACAUUUUAAAUGUUGUCUUCGCACCAUUCUCAGUUAAAUAUGAAAACAAUGUGGGUGAUAUCCCGUACUUAAUCCAUUGCAUCAACAAAUAUAAAAGGAUCUGUAGAAUUGUGCCCUCAAUAAUGAUUUGUUUAUUUGUAUUUUAUUUUUAUUGAUCCUGGGCAAACUUAAUUUGUAAUUACAAUUAAUUAAUACAAUUAGUUAAUACACUGACAAGCCACCUGUGUAGUGGGCAUGUUUAGUAAAAGCCCUUCUGCACUUGGCUGUUACUGAUUGCAGUGUCUAGCAGUAUUUCUUAAUUGCUAAAACACUAAAUCCUAUUGUCUGAAGCGGCCUGAACCCAUUCAUUGAACCAGUCACUCUAACAUGAAGUGGACGCCAUCUGCCUCCUCACUGGGUAAAUCCAUCCACAGCGGAUGCCGCAGUGGGUUGCUCUUUGAGCAGGCCAGGUAAUAUAGAGUUAAUAUGGCUUACCUGAGCCCCAGGGUAACAGAAGGUUAUUGCCUUUGGCACAGUUAUGUUCUGUACCAUAGAAGAACCCACAAUGUCAGCUUCAUUUAUAUAACAAAUUUAAAACAGCCAGUGGCCUACCAGAGUGCUUUCGAAUGAAUAAAGGCAGAAACAAUAAAAAAAUACAAACUUAACUAAAUUCAACAUGCUAAAACCCAAAACUUAACUUUACACUGCUUUGAUGCCAAAGCCAGUACUUCUGACACACACCAUGUCAAGCAAGAAUAAGUCGGCCAAAAGAGAAGAUGCCAAAAAAGAGGAGCCACCUGCGGACACUAAUUUGAUUAGCUUGCCAGUUAUCACGAGCUUGCCAAAGGAGCACCAUACGUCCAUCUCAGCCUCCUUCUCCACUGAGUUGAAGUCAGCGUCUGCAUCCCAGAAAACCAAAUUGGAUGCAGUGCAAGCUACAGUAACUGACCAUGGUAGACAGAGUUUGGACCUGGAGACUCAUGCCAAUUCUCCUGAAGAUUGUAUUGAGGCCCUUGAGUCUUAAUACAACUCAUAACUGACAUGUAUGCUAAAGUGAAGGCUAAACACAGGGUUGGGGCGAUUCGCAGAUGCAAUCGACAUAAUCAAAGUAAUGGACUACAGAAAUUUGUUGACGCAAAAAACAUGCUUGGACGCCUCACAUGAUUAUGUAGACAAUGGCUACCUCGGGUAACGGUGGAGGCAUGGACGGCGAACGAGCUCCACCUAAUGGGGUCCAUUUAAAAUCUAUUUUAGCAUGAUCUAUGAGCAGCUCCUCUCAAUCAAUGCAUGUGUUCUUCCUGGCUUCCUCGUUCACAUUUCUAAGAUCGCACUGCUUUCAUUUAAUCGAAUGACCCACUGCUGGUGCAGCAAACGCCACAGUGGAUGCUGCAUCAUAUGCCCUGCAUCCCAUAUCUAUUUUAUUCACUGUCAGCAUUUAGCUUGGAGUUGAAGCAUCAGUUUUGUGCUUUUAUUUGUCCUAUAACUAUCAGCUGUCUGAUUGACGACGAUAGCUUGCUAAUGCUAAUACUUAGUACACGCGAGCUCCACUGCACAUAUUUGUACUAAUACAUGAGUCCAAGGUAGAUUCACAUAAGAAAAAAAAAAAGAUUUUUAAAGUGUCGCGGCUUUUACUUAACCUACUUAACCAUCGAUUGCAUAUAGGGAAAACCCUGUUAUCUAGCGCCGUGUCUUAUUCAGCAUGGUAAACAAACACUGUUGCCAGCAUUAUGUGACCGCGGCCCACAAUGCAUUGCAACAUAAUGGGCCUUUUUUGGUUGGUUGAGUGGCACUGACUUGCUCACUAUUAAAUGAAAGAUAGUAUGAAUCUUCUUUAUUGUUACUUGACAGUCAUUGUAACUAUGAGUAAGGUGAGCAUGCACCUGUUAAGGAAGGCUGCUAAGCAACAAUAACCUAUCAGGCUAGUGGACCUAAAGGCAGGUUACCGUAAAAUGAUAUACUGCAGUUAACAGUAUGUUGCCCAAGUGCAAGCUUUUGGCUGAAUGUUACUUACAGUUAACUUUAGAUAAGCUUAAAAGCAAUGUUCAGUGCUUGUGAAUGUAAAAAAGCAUUGAUAAAAAUGGACUGUUUUUUGUUUUGUUUGAUUUCGAGAGAAUCUUGAAUAAUAAUAAUAACUUUUUCAAGAAUUAAUUCUUGAAGGGAAAUUCAAUUGUCUGUUGUCUCACAAAAUGUGUCUCCAAAAGUUAUCUACUAUUUACACAAGAGUUAUAAAGCCUGAUGGCUGUUGGUACAAAAGAUCUUCUGAAUCUUUCUGUCCUGCAGCGAAGAGAGAGGAGCCGUCCACCACCAUUGGCCCUUUGGUCCAUCAAGGUGUUGUCAAGUGGGUGAUCCAUGUUCUUGAAAAUAGUCUCCACCUUCCUCAAUGUCGAUCUCUCCACCACAUCCUCCACUGAGUCCAGCUUGAGUCCGACCACAGAGCCAGCCUUUUUUAACCAGUUUGUUAAGACAUCUUGCAUCUUUGUGUUUGAUGCUUCCUCCCCAGCAGACUGCAGCAUAGAACAGAACACUUGCCACCACAGACUGAGAAGACAUUUUCAGUAACUUACUACAGAUGUCCAUUGAUCGGAGUCUUCUCAGGCAAAAGAGGCAGCUCUGCCCCUUUCUGUAGAUGAAGUCUAUAUUCUUUGACCAGUCGAACGUAUUACCCAGAUGUACACCUAGGUAUUUAUAUGAUGUCACCACUUUGAUGUCCACUCCACAGGUGUUCACUGGCUAAAGAGGGGGUUUGGAUCUACAGAAGUCAAUGACCAUCCACUUUGUCUUUGAGGUGUUGAGGAGGAGGAAGUUUUUGUGAUUCCAGUCAUUGAAGGCUCUUAUCAGAUCUCUGUAUUCAGCCUCUUGUCCGUUUCUGAUACAUGCCACAGUAGCAGUGUCAUCUGAGUAUUUCUGGAUGUGGCAGGACUCAGUGCUGUAUUCAAAGUCUGACGUAUACAAUGUGAACAAGAAUGGUGCCAGGACUGUCUCUUGUGGAGCCCCUGUACUGCUCAUUUAUGUCCCAGAGACACAGUGCCAUAGCCUGACAAACUGUGGCCUUCCUGUCAGGUAAUCUGCAAUCCAGGAAACAGAGGCAGAAUUCACUCCCAUCUCUGUGAGCCUGUCUUUGAGUACGGAUGGUUGGAUGGUGUUGAAUGCACUUGAAAAGUCGAAGAACAUGAUCCUCACAUAAACCCCAGGUUCCUCCAGAUGAGACAGGGCAGGGUGAAGCAUGUAGAGGACAGCAUCAUCCACUCCAAUGUGUUAUUUGUAUGCAAACUGCAGGGAAUCCAGUUUGUCUUUGACCUCAGACCUCAGAUGGCGUGAAUCAGCCGCUCCAGGGUUUUCAUGAUGUGUCAAGUGAGGGCCACUGGUCUGUAGUCAUUGAGUUCAGCCAGACAUUUUGUCACAUUUUUGACACAGACCCGCCCCAGCUGUAGACUAAGGUUGAAGAUCCUGUGGAGAGGUUGACACAGUUCUGCAGCACAGUCUCUAAGCAGCCGUGGACACACUCCAUCUGGACUAGCUGCCUUCCCAGGGCAAAGUCUUCCAAGCUGUAUCCUCACCCCUGUUUCGGUGACAGACAAGGACUGGUGGUCUAGGGAGGAGGUAGUUGAAGUGGUUGAGACAUCUAUGAGAUGGAGGAGGAAUGGGAGAAGCAGUGCUUAAUUUGUCCUCCAGGAGGUGCCGGGUCCCCCUCUGGAGCGCGCGCGCCAUAAAAAUGUGUUUUUUUCUCUGGUUUUUAACGCGUUUUUAUUGUCUUUUUCACCUCAAUUUCCGCACCAACCUAGUAUAACAUUUGCAGCAACAUUUGGCACACCAUGUGGCCCAUCAGAACACUUGGAAUCAAUUUGGAAUGAGCAAUAUAAAUAACUGACAUAUUGCAAACAAACAUUUUUAUUAACAGAUUUCUUUGACACCAGUAUAGCCAGUCUUACUCUUAGCGUGUCACUGUCACCUAAGCACCACAUCAGAAAAAUAAAAUACAAUAAAGUUAACAAAAACCUGAGAAUAUAAAAUAAAGAAAAAAUUAGACAAAAAGGUCUCUAUUUGGAAGGAUGAAAUUGAAAACAUAAAUGACCAAACAUCACUAGAAUGAUGAGUUGUGCACACUGCACAGUAAUAAUGUAUCCAACCAAACUUGACAGACAACAGAUAAAGUUUGAUUAAAUGUCCUGUCUAUUUGCCACGUUGUUGUGUGCUUUGUCCAUGAAUAACUUUAUGCUUGUUGACCGAUUGUCUUCUCUUGUAAACUGUUGUCACCACAAAGGCCUCCCAGCUCCCCUCCUCCUGUCUCUCUGACUCACUGGCUCUCCUGUCCUUGCUCCAUGUAGUUUCCCUUCAAAUGGAGGGGACAUUGAAUUAGGAAAGAAUAUUUUAUUUUAAAAAGAAAGCCUAAAUAGAGUGUCACUCUGAUGCGUUGUCAAUCACGCUGCAACUGUAUACCAUUCCAAUGCGCAUUGCGUUGUGACACGCGACGGCAUAAAUCACUUUUUCCCCCUGUUUUACCUAAUUUCUGAGUAAAAUGCAUAAGAAAUAAGCCAACAGGCGUCACUUCAGGGAGAAACAAAACACAGAGAAAACAUAGAUAGAUAUUUAUUGAGGUCCCGGAGCAGAUCAAACAGGUGCCAGAGUGGCUGAAAUAGGUCCUGGAUCCGAUCAAAGAGGUCCCAGAGCGCGCUCCGGCAGAAAUUUAAGCACUUGGGAGAAGUUGUAGUGGAGAUUUGUAGUGGAGAAGAAGGUGAAGUAGCAGUGGAAGUGGGUGUGACAGCAGUGUCAAAUCUGUUGAAGAACAGGUUGAGUUCAUCAACUCUUUCCAGAUCACCCACCACUGGCUGUCUUUUCUUUUUAUUGCUGUGCCCAGAGAUGGUACUGAUUCCUCUCCACACUUCACGGAUGUUGCUGUGUUGUACUCCAGCUUUGCCAUCUUCAGUCUCCUCUGUAACUCUUGUUGCACUUGUUUGAGUCAUCUUUGAAAGCUUUCUUUUUCUGGCUAAGGAUUGUUUUUAUGUCACUUGUGAUCUAGGGCUUGUUGUCGGGGAAACAGUGAACAGUCUUUGUGGGUAUCUCUACAGAAAUUGACAUACUCAGUAAAGCAGUCAACCUGUUUGUCAAUGUUCAUAGUAUUCACAUCUGUUUCCAGCAGCACAUUCCAGUCUGAUGAUUUAAAACAGUCCCUUCGCUGGCAUGAGGUGUCCAUCUUCUGAUUUUGUCCAGCUUAUCACUUUUGUUGGGCAGAGAGUUAACGUGAUGAUUGAUGGAAGAAAUGGUUUAUAUCACCACCUCCUAGCAUUCAGCUUUGCCUUCACCUUUGCACCAGCAUGGCAACCACGAUAACACCUCCUGAUGUCCUCUGGAAUUGUAUGUUGUUGUCCAGAUUUGCUUUUCCUCAGUGAAAGGAGCUCUUCUCUUGAGUAAACUUGGUUGUUGGACAUUUCAAAGACAUUUUUUCACUUAAAGGGCAACUACUCUCUGGCUACUUGCGGGGGAGGCCAUGUGGAGGCUGUCUCCCCCCCCCCCCCUUUUUUUUUUUUGUGUGGCUUUUUUAAUAAAAUCUCUUCUAUCACUUUUUUUGGGUUUCAACCAUAUACUAAACUAUCUAACAUUGGAUACCAUGCAAACCGACCACUAGGGGAUGCACUCAACUCGUUUGCGGUGUUUUUUUAAAAACCUUAUACCCAUACCUAACACUAUACUAAAAUUCAGAAGUUUACAAAAUUUCCUAAUUUUUCCUGAUCCCAUCUAAGCUAAGUACAGAAUUUAGACGUUGAUAAAAGCAGGUAUUUUAGUACCAUGUGCAUCUAUUACAAUUUGUAAGAUACAGCAUACUUACUGUGAGUUACACCUCACAGUUGCAACUGCACAGAGCUGUACACAUGAGACCCAAUUUGUAGCACUUGCACCUGCUUACACUACUUAUCACCGGCUUGAUCAUGUCAGCAAAAAAAAAAAAGAAAAUGUAGGACUCAUUGAAGACCAUGGAAUCACAUUAGAUUUCUCAGGUGUUCAUAAUGUUAUAUAUAACCCCCAGACGAUGUGGUGGAGAGAUGCACACUGAGGAAGGUGGAGGCUAUGCUGAAGAACAUGGGGUAGCAACCUCAUAAGACCUUGAUGGACCACCAAAGCUUCCCUCACUUCACUGCAGGACAGAUUCAGAAAAUCUUUUGUACCCACAGCCACCAGACUGUUUAAUUCUUCUGUAAAUAGUAGCUGACAUAAAUGACAUGAGACAUGAAAUAACAGACAACUGAGUUUUCCUUUUGGGAUCAACAAAGUUCCUCUUUUCAUUCAUCCAUGAUGAUGAAUGAGAUGAUAAAUGAGAUGAAUGAGAAUCUACAUGGACAAAGUUCCUCUUAUCUUCUCCUAUCCUAUCUUAAAGGGCAGAUUCAUAAGAUGGUGCUUUCAUUUGUUUCUGACAUGAUUUUCAUUCACUCUAAUUAUAUUUAAUCUUUUUCCUUUUCCAGUGGGAUACGGCGGGUCAGGAAAGAUUUCGUACAAUCACAUCAAGCUACUACAGAGGUGCUCAUGGUAUCAUUGUAGUGUACGAUGUUACAGACCAGGCAAGUAUCCCUUGACAUUUCUACACUUAUCAAAGCCAGUUUUGUUUAUCUAUAAGAAGAUGGUAGAUAGAUCACAGUUGGAAUUUCUUCUGGUGGUUUAAUUUCCAUCACCAUCUGAUGUAAUGUGGAAAUGAUACAGCUAACUGUAUUUUAUCAGCUGUGACUGCUGCACAUAAAAACGUAUUAUGGAAUAUGUGUGAUCAAAGUAAUGCAGGUUCCUCAUGUAGAGCUGUUGGUGUCAUAUUUAGAAUCAGAACAGGACUCAGGAAUUUACUCCAGCAGAAAGUUGGUGCUACCAAUUCCUACAAGCGUCCCAACUUUUCUUGAUGACUUACAACCCCCUCUGUCUGCAUAAAAGUAGUGUUGGAACACAGUGGGGUACCAUACUGUUGUGAGCAUUGUCUUAACAGUAGUGUAGUGUAAAUAGUGUGUUACUGGCAAGGCAAUUAACCAUAGAAGAGAGACAGACCAUCAUAACACUUAAAAAUGUAGGUCUUUCCAACAGAGAAAUUGCCAAGAAAGCCAAGGUGUCAGUGAGUACAGUUUCCUUUACCAUCAAAAGGCACUCAGAAACUGGGGGAAAUGAUGACAGGUAGAGGUUUGGCAGACCCAAAGCCACAACAGCAUUACAAGACAAGUUUCUGAGAGUCACCAGCCUGCGUGAUAGGCGGCUUACAGGAUAAAAGCUUCAAGCACAGCUUAAUCGUGGUCGCAGUGAGCAAGUCUCAGUUUCAACUGUGAAGAGAAGACCUCGAGUUGCAGGUUUGAUGGGUCGAGUUGCAGCAUGAAAGCCAUUGCUGAGACUUCAGAAUAAGAAAAAGAGGCUUGUCUGGGCCAUGAAACACCACCAAUGGACUACUGAAGAAGAAGGUGUUAUGGACUGAUGAAUCCAAAUUUGAAAUCUUCGGUUCAUCACACAGGAUUUUUGUAUGCCAUUGAGUAGGCAAAAGGAUUGUUCCUCAGUGUGUGAUGUCAGCUGUCAAACAUGGAGGAGGAAGUGUGAUGGUCUUGAGCUGAUUUGCCGGAUCCAGGGUCAGUGAUUUGUACAGAGUGAAAGGCACCCUGAACCAAAACGGCUACCACAGCAUUCUGCAGCACCAUAAAGUACCCUCUGGGAUGCGCCUAGAUGAUCAGGGGUUAUUAGAUUAGAUUAAAUUAGGGGAAAUUAAAAUUGUUGACAGCAGCAGUACACACAACAUACACAUUCACACAUACCAGGUACAGAAACAAAUAAAUAAAAAUUAAAAAACUAGUGUAAAAAUCCCAUAGCUAGAUAAUGAUCCUACAGCAGGAUAAUGAACCAAAACAUAAGUUCAAGCUUUGCCAGAAAGAAAGAACAAGAAAAAAGAACAAGAUGGUAAGCUUGAAAACAUGGAUUGGCCAGCACAGUCUCCAGACUUAAACCCCAGCGAGCUGUCAAAGGCUGUCACAAGCACCAGCCAUCCCAACUGCUCUGGCUGCCAUGGAGAGCAUUGCAGGGGGAUGACAGGCAGUGUGACAGGGCAGUGGUCUGCUGGGGAGGCGGUCCACAGAGGUGGCGCGACACGGCUCAUCCCAUUGUUGACCCCUGGGGUGCUGGUUGUUAUUAUUAUUAUUAUUAUUAGUAGUAGUAGUAGUAGUAGUAGUAGUAGUAGUAGUAGUAGUAUAUUGUGUCUGCUGUUAGAAUAUGUGGAGGACUUGCUCUAAAUGAUGGUAGUUACAAAGGUAUAUAGAUAAACAGUUAUUAAUCGUCACAGUGAGUUUAUCUGCUACAGAGGUCACUCAUCCCUGCUGCCACAGUGCUAGAAAGGAGAAAGUCAGCCCCGGCAGCCAUCACAGAAGUUUGAAACAGUAGAAUCAUAAUUUUUUCUUGAAUCCCAAAUCUUUGAGUGGAUCCAGAGCUUGUGUAGAGUAUUUUAAGUGUUAAGACCAAGGGUCAGCAACCUCUAACACUCAAAGAGCCAUCUCGACCCAUUUUGCACACAAAAAUAAACACAGGGAGCCACAAAACCCAGUUUGACACCAAAGAUAAAGAUAACACUGCACAUAUUUUUUUAACCUUGAUGCAAAGUAUCUUGAAAAAAUCUGUAGUGUGUUACAUAUACGGAAUUAAUCAAAUGCUGCCAAGAAAACAACAUUUUGGUCACAAUUUUAUUAUAUAGCAUAUAGCUAACCAAAAAUGCUGUCUGCUUCUGUGUGCUGUCAUCAUUUUAUCAUGCACUGGCGUUUGCAGUCAGCUGUCAUCCUGAAUAAAAAAAAAACAGUUUCAUUGAACAAUGUAAGAUAUAUAUACAUAACUUAAUAAUGUGGCUAUGAGUCGGGAUGCUUGGACAUUUUGAAAUAGCAGCUUUUCUUUGAGAAAAAAAGACUUAAUCGUGCAGCACAGUUGUUUCACAACUAUUUGCACGCAAGGGCUAACUUUUGAGUAGCUUUGGGCGAAUUGUCAAGGCUGAGAUUACAACUGAGAUUUUCAUUUCUUGUAUGACAGCCCAUAUUUUUCAUCGAAGUGACCUCCUUUGUGGAUGUGCUUGUGUUAAUCAGCUGUCUAACUAGGCUAACAGACUCGCUGUGAGUGAGACUGAGUACGUAUUACAAAGUUGACCCAGCAAUUUUACAUCAGUUGGAGAGGCAGAAAUGCUCUUUUGUUUCAACAUAACUUAAAUUGCACAUGAUUUCCAAAUUGUUUGGUUUGUUAAAAACAUCUAAAAUGGCAGAAAUUUAUAUGGCAGAAAUUUAUAUGAAAAAUAAAUAUUUAUAUUUUUUUGCUAUUUCUUAUUAUAUUUAUCCCUAUAAUAGAAAUAUUAUUAAUAUAACAGACAUAAAAUGAAUAAAUGUUUUAUAUAUAAAUGAUUUAAUAUAACUGCCUCGUGUGUGUAGGCCUAUAGCUAUUGCUCUACCUAUCUGCUUAAUGUUAAUUUAUGAAAAUCCAUGGUUAAAAUUAUUCUUGAGUAUGCAGGAACAUAACUAAAACUCUGAGGUUUGUUACAAACCAAACCAUUCGAAAAUCUGUUUCAGAUUAUGCACAUAAUGUGACUGAGCACCCUGAGAGUGGCAGCAAGCCACAGCAGCUCCUCACAGACUUAACGUUUUUGCCUUCUUAUUGUUGUUUUUUGGCACCGUAUUUGUCUUUCUUUUUUUAGCAGUGUUGUGUCUUGCAUAUUCCAACCAUGGAUGUGCAUUUCAUGACUCUCGCACUUUGUUUUCUUUUACUUUUCGGAGUUUUUAAGUCCGCGUCCGGUGACCUGUUCAGCGGCCCCAUUGUUUACAGCCGUGAACAGCUGUUGGCACUGCGCCAAGCCCGGCCACCCUCGUGGGAGAGACCGUACAUCCCCGCUAGGCUCCGCAGGAGAAGAAGAGGAUGCAGGGCUGGAGUUCAGCAUUGGGCAAAGCGGAGACAUUAUAAACCAACUGUCCCGUCCAUCAUCAUGGGAAACGUGAGGUCUCUCCUUAACAAGAUGGAAGAGCUCACAGCGCUGACUAGGCUGCAGUGGGAGUAUCGGGAGUGCAGCCUCAUGAUGUUCACGAAGUCAUGGCUGAACGAACUCACUCCGGACCCACUCGUAACUUUGGACGGAUUUCACCUCGUCAGAGCGGACCGGAGCAUGAGAGAGAGUGGUAAGAAGAAAGGAGGCGGGAUAGCGGUGUAUGUAAAUGAGAGAUGGUGUAAUGCUGGGCACGUCAGUGUUAAAUAGCAGCGCUGACAUUGAGCUGCUGGCUGUGAGUUUGCGGCCAUAUUACCUGCCGAGGGACUUUUCGCACGUCAUCACGUUAACUGUUUACAUCCCCCCCUCGGCUAAUGCUGCUGCAGCCUGUGAACUCCUCCAUAGUGAAGUGUCCAAGCUACAAACAUCACACCCUCAGUCUCUGAUCAUCAUCUCUGGAGACUUUAAUCAUGCAUCGCUGUCCUCCACUCUCCCUACCUUCGGCCAGUAUGUAAACUGCCCAACAAGAGACAAUAAAACUUUGGACUUACUGUAUGCAAACAUCAAGGAUGCAUACACCUCCUCCCCCCUCCCCCCGCUGGGCCGCUCAGAUCACAACCUGGUGAGACUGCAGCCCAUUUACAUACCUAUGGUGAAGAAACAACCCCCCACCAUCAGGUAUGUUAAGAGGUGGUCUGAGGAGUCCACUGAGGCGGUGCAGGACUCUUUUGAGACCACAGACUGGGAUGUACUGUGCGGCCCACAUGGUGAUGACAUCGACACCAUGACAGACUGUAUCACGGACUAUAUGAACUUCUGUGUUGAGAACACUGUACCCACCAGGAAAGUACGGUGUUUCUCCAACAGCAAACCCUGGGUGACCCCGGAACUUACAGUCUUCAUGAAGGAGAAGAGGAGGGUCUUUAAAUCUGGGGACAAGGAGGAGCUGAGGAGGGUGCAGAAGGAGCUGAAGAAGAAGAUCAGAGAGGGAAAGGCCAGCUACAAGACCAAGAUGGAAAACCUUUUGCAACAGAACAACGCAAGGGAGGUCUGGAGAGGCCUGAAAUCCAUCUCAGGUCAUAGCAGGGGCCAUGAGAGGGGACCUGAAGCAGGAGACAGGGAGUGGGCCAACGAGCACCGGCAUCAUCAACCCCCCUCCACUCAUCCUCCACCACCCCCUCCAGCACCACCCCCAGCCUCUCCAUAACAGCUGACCAGGUGAGAAGUGAGCUGAGGAAGAUGAAGCCAAGGAAAGCCAUGGGUCCUGACGGCAUCAGCUCCAGACUCCUGAAGGACUGUGCAGACCAGCUCUGUGAGGUGCUACUGCACAUCUUCAGCUUGAGCCUGAGUCUGGAGAGGGUCCCAACACUGUGGAAGACUUCCUGCGUGAUUCCUGUCCCCAAGACAGCACACCCCAGGGAGCCCAACCACUUCAGACCUGUGGCCCUCACUUCUCACCUGAUGAAGACUCUGGAGAGGAUUGUGCUGAGGAACCUCCGCCCCCCGGUGGGCUCUCAUCUGGAUCCUCUGCAGUUUGCGUACCAGCCGAACAUCGGAGUGGACGACGCUGUCAUCUACCUGCUGCAGAGGUCCAUGGCCCACUUGGAGAACACCGGCAGCACUGUGAGGGUCAUGUUUUUUUACUUCUCUAGUGCUUUCAACACCAUCCAGCCUUCACUGCUCAGGGGGAAGCUCGAGAGGGCGGGAGUGGACUGUCACCUAGCGGCAUGGACCGUGGACUGCCUCACCGACAGACCACAGUUUGUGAGGCUUCAGAACUGUGUAUCGGACAUGGUGGUCUGCAGCACGGGGGCUCCACAGGGGACAGUGCUCUCCCACUUCCUCUUCACCCUGUACACCUCAGACUUCAGCUACAACUCCGGGAGCUGUCACCUCCAGAAGUUCUCUGAUGACACAGCCAUCGUCGGAUGUGUAUCGUCGGGGAUGAGCGGGAAUACAGGACUGUCAUCAGUGACUUUGUCAACUGGUGUGGCACAAACCACCUCCAGCUCAACGCCAGUAAGACAAAGGAGAUGGUUGUGGAUUUCCGCAGGAGGAGGACACCUCAGACUGUUCCAGUGAACAUCCAGGGUCUGGACAUCGAGAUGGUGGAGUCCUACAGAUUCCUGGGUGUCCACCUCAACAAUAAACUGGACUGGUCAACCAACACAGACGUACUGUACAAGAAGGGCCAAAGUCGUCUCCACCUGCUGAGGAGACUGAGGUCUUUUGGAGUGUGCAGGACUAAUGCACACACUUGUUCCAUGAUCCUCCUCUCUAUUUCUCCAAGUUGGGCUUGCAUAGCGGGGCUUCGGGGGCGGAGCUUGCAGUUGUAACAUAGGAAAUAUCUGUGUCUGAGCCUGCCGGUUGGCUUUGCCAGAGAUUCAAAGGAGUUUGACUGCAGAAAUACUGAGAGCUGCAAUUUUGCACUUACUUUUCGCAUGAUAUGUCCCGUAGCAUCAGAAAAAUGCCAUGUGAACAUACAGGCAACAAAAAAAAUAAGAGAUUCAUCUUUAAUGUGACUUUUGCUUCUUGAACCUCAGUGUACAGCGUCCCCAGAUCAGGGCUGUAUGACGUCACCUUCAUCUUCACAGAGGAUUUCGAUUUUCGCAAGUCCAUAGUUAUGACCCAAAUUUUUAGGGACAAAAAAUUUAAAUACAUUUUUUUAAUGUAACAAGCGUAUCAUAAUCAUAGAAUAAAGAAUUACAUAAAGAAAAACUAACUGAAGUCGCGAGUUGUCAACCCCUGGUUUAGACCAUAAUGCUGUGCAACAGUGUUUUGGAAAAGCUCUCUUAGAUUAUGUUCUUCUCGUGGUGUCAGCUCACUCCCUGUCAAAAAAAACUCUAAAUAACUUCAGUACUUGGGUCUGAGAAGUCUUAAUGUUGAGAAGAAAGGUCUUUAAGUUGGCUCUGUGCAAGGUGCUAAUGUUUACCUGUUUUCUUUGCCAGGAGUCCUUCAACAAUGUCAAACAGUGGCUACAGGAAAUUGACCGCUAUGCCAGUGAAAAUGUCAAUAAGCUUUUGGUUGGGAAUAAAUGUGACCUGACGACAAAGAAGGUGGUGGAUUACACAACAGCAAAGGUAAAGCCCCUUGUUUUACAACCAAUUCUGUUGUAUCCACACUGCACACGAAUACAUGGCAAUCGAUUCCCAGCACAACAAUAAAAGUUAGUGAACUACAUGCAUCUAAUUUGCUAAGUAUCGCUACAAACCACAGGUGCAGGAAGCUACCCUAAAGCACAGCACCACCUCUCAAUGAAACCACGACAGUGAUUGCUCUUACAGGAUAAAUGAACUGGGCUUACACCAACAGAGAGAAUAUGAAUUCCCCAUCUUGUUCAUCACAGUUUUAUUUUUGACCCAAUAAACUCAUUCCCCCUAACAUGAAUGUCUCAAAGGCCCUUUAAAUUGAUACGAUCAGGUUGAGACACCGGCAAAAACACAGACGAUACAACUUCCGGGUCACGACGAGCGUACAAAUUAAAUAAUAAAAACAAAAUCAGCCAAUGGCCUGUAAUUCAACUUCUGUUUAUUUGAUUUAUGUUAACUGAGGGAAUAUUGGAAAACGAACGAAUUUUCAUUUUUUUGUUUUCAUUUCAAAAAGGGAAAACGAACCGUUUUUCACUGUUUAGUUUUUUGAUUCUUGAUUGAAUAUCAAUUGAACGAAUGAUACACAGAUUCACUGCCCCCUAUCAGCCAGAAGGGGCCAGAACGAGUGGGGUCUGUGACGUCACUUUCCGGCGCCACUUGAGAUUGCAAACUCAGAUUGAAUUAUGAGACACUUUUUGCGGGGCGACCAUGAAAACGAAAAAGCAUUUCUGAGUUUGGUUUUUCUUUUUAAUUUAGUCACAGAAUGGGCUGUCUUGAAGAAGAAAAUGAAAAUGCAUUUUGGAAUAUUGCUUUUUAUUUUUAUUUUUGAGUCAAAUAGUGCAGCCAUGACUUUGAAAUGAAAACGCAUUUCUGCUAAUGCUUUUGAAUUUGAGAUAUGAGUCACAAUCGCUUCCAUACUUAUUCGUGGUUCUCAGAUAAAUAGAAAAACGUCCACACUGCAGAUAUGUUGGCUCUUAUCCAGACAAGCGCAUACUGGUCGCAGUUUCUGCUUGCGUCAUCACAUCAUCUGUUUCGGCCGUGUUGUUUCAGUGAGAAAAGUGCCAAAAACCGUAAAUGCACUUUUAAGCCAUUUUCGGUGGCCGAAUUUUAUGUGCAUGCCUAGAAUAUAGCUAGUAUAGUUAAAAACUAACUGUGGUUAGUUUCUAAAAGUAUUUAUACUCGCUAAGUGUGAGCCCUGGCCCUGUAUAGAUGAAUACAAAGAUGAUAUCCUGGCAGGAAUGGAAGGAAGAAAUACACUAAGAUCUUCCUUAACAGCUCUCAGUCUCUCUCUCUCUCUGUUUUAAGUUUUUUUUACAGGCAAUUAGCCAUCUUCUACCACCCCAUGCCAACAAUGGCAUAUUUUUUGCAAAUUGUAUAAUUUCCCACAGCGCACCUGACGAUCUCUCACGGUACACUAGUGCGAGGUGGUACACAGGUUGAAAAUCACUGCUUUAGAAUAGCCUUCACCUUCCCCUGUGUAGAUCUCUCCACCAGUUACUCCAACUUGAAUCCAACCACAGAGCCAGCUUUUUUCACCAGUUUGUUCAGAUGUCUUGUAUCUUUGUGUUUAAUACUGCUUCCCCAGCAGACUGCAGUGUAGAAACGAACACUGUUGACACCACAAACUGAUGAAACAUCUGUAACGUCUUACUAUAGAUGUCUAUUGAUUGUAGUCUUCUCAGGCAAAAGAGGUGGUUCUGACCCUUUCUGUAGAUGAAGUCUAUGUUCUUAGACCAGUCCAACUUAAUAUAGAUGUACACCUAGACAUUUAUAUGAUUGCACCACUUCGAUGUCCACUCCACAGGUGUUCACUGGCUGAAGAGGGGGUUUGGAUCUGCAGAAGUCUAUGACCAUCUCCUUUGUAGUUUAGGUAUUUAGGAGGAUGCAGUUUUUGUGAUUCCAGUCACUGAAGGCUCUUAUCAGAUCUCUGUAUUCAGCAUUCAUUCUCGUCCAUUUCUGAUACAUUCCACAAUAGCAGUGUCAUCCGAGUAUUUCUGGAUGUGGCAGGACUCAGUGCUGUAUUCAAAGUCUGACGUAUACAAUGUGAACAAGAAUGAUGCCAGGACUGUCUCUUGUGGAGCCCCUGUACUGCUCAAUAAUGUCCCAGAGACACAGUUCCCUAGCCUGACAAACUGUGGCCUUCCUGUCAGGUAAUCUGCAAUCCAGGAAACAGAGGCAGAAUUCACUCCCAUCUCAGUGAGCUUGUCUUGGAGUAUGGUGGGUUGGAUGGUGUUGAAUGCGCUUGAAAAGUCGAAGAACAUGAUCCUCACAUAAACCCCAGGUUCCUCCAAAUGAGACAGGGCACGGUGAAGCAUGUAGAGGACAGCAUCAUCCACUCCAAUGUGUUCUUUGUAUGCAGACUGCAGGGAGUCCAGUUUUUCUUUGACUUCAGGCCUUAUAAGGUGUAGAAUCAGCCACUCCAGGGUUUCCAUGAUGUGUAAUGUGAGGGCCACUGGUCGGUAGUCAUUGAGUUCAGCCAGAUAUUCUGUUUUUGGUACUGGUACAAUGCAGGAUGUUUUCCACAGAGCAGGUACCCGCCCCAGCUGUAGACUCAAGUUGAAGAUCCUGUGGAGAGGUUGACACAGUUCUGCAGCACAGUCUCCAAGCAGCCUUGGAAACACACCAUCUGGACUAGCUGCCUUUUCAGGGCAAAGUCUUCCAAGCUCCAAGCUCACCUCUGUUUCUGUGACAGACAAAGGCUGAUGUUCUAGGAGGGAGGGAGUUGAAGUGGUUGAGACAUUUGAACAAGAUGGUGAAGAAAGGGGAGAAGUUGUAGUGGAGAUUUGUUGCGGAGAAGAAGGUGGAGUAGCAGUGGAAGUGGGUGUGACAGCAAUGUCAAAUCUGUUGAAGAAUGGGUUGAGUUCAUCAGCUCUUUCCACAUCACCCACUACUGGCUGUCUUUUCUUUUUAUUGUCGUGUCCAGAGAUGGUACCAAUUCCUCUCCACACUUUACGGAUGUUGCUGUGUUGUAGAUUCUUCUCUAUCUUCUUUUUGUACUCCAGCUUUGCCACCCUCAGUCUCCUCUUCAUCUCUUGUUGCACUUGUUUGAGUCAUUCUUUGUCACCAUCUUUAAAAGCUUUCUUUUUCUGGUUAAGGAUUGCUUUUAUGUCUCUUGUGAUCCAGGGUUUGUUGUUGGGGAAACAGCGAACAGCCUUAUUGGGUAUAACUGUGUCUCUACAGAAGUUGAUUCAGUAAAGCCGUCAACCUGUUUCCAGUCUGUUGAUUUAACACAGUCCCUUCACUGUCAAGCUUCACUAGCUUGAGGUGUCCAUCCUCUGAUUUGGACUUUAGUCACAGGCUACCUUAGUACACAAAGUGUACUGCAGAUAGACCAAGUUAUAAUCUGACUUGCCCAGUGGUGGUAAGGCUGUGGCUCUGUAGGCUUCUUUGAUGUUGGCAUACAGCAGAUCCAGGGCUUUGUUUUCUCUGGUAGGACAGUUAACAAACUGUGUAAAUCCAGUCAGGUUAUCAUUAGUGCCUCAGGGUGUUGAGUCUGUUGCCUGGCAGCACUAUUAUGCAAAAGAUUGCAUGAAAUUUCUGCAGUUGAUUUGGGUAUUGUAUGACUGAAUUCUCUUGGAACAUAAUAUGGCUGAAGAGCAACUGCCAACAACUUCUCCUUGACAGUUAUGUGUGAAGGGUUACACCAUCUCUGGUUGACAAAUAAAGCCAGACCUCUUUCUUCUUGCCACUAGCUUGAGCAUCUCUGUCAGACCUUACAAGAGUGAAGCCAGGUAGAUCCACACUGGAGUCUGAGUUGUUUUAAUUCAACCAGGUUUCAGUAAAACACAGGAGACUGCACUCACAGUAUGCUUUGUUGGGCAGAGAGUUGAUGUUUUCCAUAAUGACUGAUGGAAGAAAGUGUCUAUAUCUCCACCUCCUAGCAUUCAGCUUUGCCUUCACCUUUGCACCAGCACAGCAACCACCUCCUGAUGUCCUCUGGGAUUUGAUGUUGUUGUCCAGAUUUGCUUUGUCUCAAUAAAUGGAGCUCUUCUUUCGAGUAAAUUCUUCGCCCAGCAGAAGUAUCCAUCAGCAGCCAACAAAAAAAUAAAAGUAUGAAAAAAAUCUAGCAAAAAUUACAGAUAAUACAGAAAGACCACACUUGCAGCAACCUCUCGGUUCAAGUGCAUCAUUUGAACGACUUCCUAUUUGGAUUACAGCAACACCCUUUUCACUGGUCUCUCCCAUAAGUCCACCCAGUAGCUUCUACUGGACCAGAAUGCUACAGUACGUAACAUCACCAGGGGCCUCAUGUAUCAAUACUUGCGUGGAACUCAUACCAGAAACGAGCGCACGCAAGGUCCGUCACGCUGAAAAAAAUCUGUAUGUAUCAAUGUGUGCGGGCGCCGAAAUCCACGUGUGUUUCCUUGAUAAAUCCCAAUCAGCGUGGAAUUGAGCGCAGAUGUCGGAGUGACUGGGCCCGUCCCCGUUACGCCCUCCUAUAAAUAUGCAGAUUUAUUUAAAUAGGGUCUCCCUGUCCUCGCACGCAGACAAAAUGACAAGAAAAACUAAAUUUACGGCGUGCGAGGUGGAGGUUCUGGUGGCGGAGGUGGAGGAGCGACAGUGUGUUUUGUUUGGCAGCCUGUCCAGUGGCGUCAGUGCAAAACGUAAACGCUUGGAGUGGGAGAAAGUUUGCGAGAGGGUGAAUGCGGUGGGUUCCGAGACACGCACCCCCGCGAAGAUUAAAAAAAAGUGGUCGGACCACAAGGUGGAAGUCAAGCGGCGUACAGCUGCCCUCCGGAGGAGUACUGGCCAGACAGGUGGGGGUCCGGGGGAGGAGACCCUCACACCGUUUGAGCAGCGAGUGGUGGCGAUUAUUAUUAUAGGGUAAGUGGCGUGUCACACAAAUGUCCACAUGCUUUGUCAUCCCACUGAGCAAAAGACGUAUAUUAGACGUCUAGUCAGAGUUUAUACUUCAUUUCAACGUCGGGAUUCAGUCUAUUUUUAGACGUGGUUUAUACUUCGCCCUUAACUUCAUUUUUCGAUAACUUUUUAUGCAAUAUAUAACUGUAAUGUGCAUAACUGACCUCUAAAUACUGGAUUACAUUACCUAUGAUACCGUGGAGAGAGAUGUAAACGCAACAGAUACACAGAAGCAGGAAUUGAAAUGAACCAAUAUUUUUAUUGUGUCACAGAAAUCAAUGUGUCGGCCGUGUCGCCGGCUUGCGGAACCCCGGCCCGCGGCAGCCCGUCCGCCGGCUCGGAGUCGUCGGCCAGGACCAGCGGCAUUCGGGCCACCCCGGCCCCCGGCCCCAGCACCAGCACCAGCAUCAGCACCAGCGCGCCGACAAGCGGUGGAGCGUCCACCAGCCGCGGCGCUUCCGCUGGACCACCCGGACGCAGUGGAAGGGUCCUCGCGGAGGGGGUCCUGCAAUCGCAGGAAGAAAUCAUCAGGGGGAUCACGGGGAUCAACGAGCGGCUGGACCGGCUCGUAAAUGUCCUCGAGCGUCUGGAGGAGAAAAUAAAUUAAUUUGGCUCAUUGAACAACUGUGUAUUCACUUCUUACCCAUUCACACUGUGGCGAUGAGAUUCUCCCGCGCGAGAACGGCGGCCCGGCAGGGAUCAGCUUGCAUCCCUCCGUCUGCUGCUGGUUCGUCAUGUGGGGCGACGUGCUGCUCGGCCACGGGGAUGUGGUGCACGCUUGUCACAUAGUGAGUCACCAAACACCGCCACACAGCGUCGCCAAAGUGCGAAUCACAGUCAACGCAAGUUUUCGGCUCAACGCCAAUUUCUACACCACCUCCUGACUUUGCGUUGAUUAGCGCUGGAACCGACGCUCGUUUCGCGAUGAUAAAUCUGGAUGUGUGCGCCGAUUUUGGCGUACGCAAGGUUUUCUUGCGCCGCAAGCGUUGAUACAUGAGGCCCCUGGACACCAUCUAUCAGUCACAUCACAACUGUAUUCCACCAGCUUUACUGGCUUCCAAUAAAAUUCUGCAUCGAAUACAAAAUUCUGCUCCACAAAAUUCUGCAGCCUUGCUCCUCCAUACCUCUCCGAACUUCACUACACUCGGGCGGCACGAGAUAUGGUUUGAGCAUCGUCAUCGCGAUGUACGUGUAAGCGAUACUCACAUUGCAGAGCCUGCGAUGUAGGAGGCAAAUGAACUCAUCUAAUUUCAAGGGUAGCAGACUGACAUGCACUGCAUGUAGACUCUGUGCUGUGCAGCGAUCCACCAAUCACAUUCAUUCUUUACUCAGUUGCCAAUCAGACUACCCUGCCAGCCGUCAAUCGAAAUCAGAAAGGUGGAAAUCAUGCCCCUGCACAUGGAGUGAGUUGCCUGCGCUGCCGGUGUUGUGCCAAGAAACACAUGCCCACAGAGAAUUACUUAGGGAACAUUACUCAUCACUGUUUAGCCCCACAAAUAAUAAUUGUAUAGACCAUAAAUUGUACAUUUCCGUGGACCACUACUAUAAGUGGUGUGCGUUUCCGCGAGGUGGAUGCAAUUAUCGGCAGACGUGUUUCUCGGCACAACACCGGAAACAACAACAAUGAUUGCAAAAUGAGAAACAAACAAGAGGAAACCACAAAAAAAUUAAGACUUGAUUGUUGUUAUUCUGCUACAGACAUAGGCGCAGGGGGGACACAGGUGUCCUGCCGCUCCCUCCCUUCCUUCGAUAUAAUAGUUGCCCCCACAAAAUCCUGCUCUAAACACAAAAUAAAAUUUAUAGUAAUGCUUGUUGGUGGUGCAAAACAAGUCACACUACUUAAAAACACAGUUUGACAAUUUUAGCUAUUGAAAGAUAACAGAUUUAUAAAUUCAUAUAUGUAGCCUGUUAUUACUUUGAGUUAGAUAUUCUGUUCCCAAUAUAUUGAUUCAAUAAGAAAGUAGUUAUAACUUUGACUUCGAUGUUUACUUGAAUGAUACAGUUUUUAAUUAUGAUCUGGCCAUUAAUUUCCACUUCUUAUUGUCAUCCAUUUAAAUCACCACUUUUUACAUUAUUUUCCAAGUCAGAUGCUUUUAUAGGCUGUUGGAUAUUUAAUUCAUAGUGUUGUGGACUUGUAACCAGCCCAAUCAUCCCCUCAUGCCAAAACAUUUCUCAUUUACUUCAAGGAAAAUUAAAACUAGGCUAAUCAUGCGUAUUAUCUGUCGUUUGGGGCAUGGUUCUUCCCUAAAUCCGAGUGAGUGAGUGAGUGAGUGAGUGAGUGAGUGAGUGAGUGAGUGAGCGAGCGUGCGUGUGUGAGUGAGUGUAUAUGAGUGUGUGUGUGUGUGUGUGUGUGUGUGUGUGUGUGUUUGCGCACUUGCACCUGCAGCCAGGUCAGUUGAAAUGGCAGUGAAAAGAAAAAUUGAGUCACAUAUGGUGUUAUUGACACCUACCACCCUACCAUCCUAUACCACUCAUGGAAUUGCUGGUUAAGCAUAAACAAACCUGUAGACGGGAAUAAUAUGCACUAAUAAGAAACAAUCACAAAAUUACAGUUGUUGUUUAUUAUAAUAAUGUAAGACAUUUAAGAAAGUAUCAGACAACACAGCCAAAAAAUAUAGCAUUUAUUUUUAUGUCUCCCCCAGGAAAUUACUCUCUGAAAUUUUACUGUUUUUUGUCCCCCUGUAAAAAAGGAUUUUCACCCCUGGCUGCAGAGUCAGGAUUUUAAACUUUUUUGAUGCGUUGAUGUGUGGUUUAAUUGUCAUUUUUAUUGUUCUGUAAGGUGUUCUGGAGUGUCCUGAAAGGCAUCUAUAAAUAAAAUGUUAAAUUGUAUUCUUAUGCAAUAUCAGGAGGCUAUGGAAAGACCUUUCUCUCUUUCUGACACUCGCAGCAAGUAAUCAGACAUGGUGAUAGCAAUGAGAGUUCAUCCAAAUCAUAUACCAAGGAUGAUGGGUAAAGACAGAAAAAAAUAUAAAAAUGGUCAGCAGGUAGUUACUUGAUCAGCCCACCCAGGUAUCAUCUAUGAGAGGGGAACAAUAGUACACUGUGUGCACAAUUAUUAGGCAAGUUGUAUUUUUGAGGAUAAAUGUUAUUUUUGAACAACUACAGUGCUCUCGGUCAAUCCAAAAUGUUAAUAAACCUCAAACCUUAAUAUUUAAGGGAGUAAAAGUGAGAUUUUGACUUCCUUAGGCGAAUAUCUAUGUGUGCACAAUUAUUGGGGGCAGCUAUUAGUGUGCAGAAUUAUUAUGCAACUAAAUUAAAAUUGAAAAAUUUUCCAUCUCACUUGUUUAUUUUCACUUGUUAAAGUGAGAAUGAUAAACAAACAACUCAAUUUACAAAUAAAAAUUGUUGAAAUGUAAAAAAAAAAAAAUCAGUGACCAAUAUAGCCACCCUUCUUUUCAUUAACAGUCAUAAGCUUUCCAUUCAUGGAGUCUUUCAGUUUCUUGAUCUGUUGACGAUCAACUUUUUGUGUUGCAGUAACCAAAGCCUUCUAGACACUGUUCCAGACACUGUUCAGAGAGGUGUACUGUCUUCCUUCACUGUAAAUUUCCCAUUUAAGAGGGGCUCACAAGUUCUCAACAGGGUUUAGGUCAGGUGAAGAAGGAGGCCAUGUCAUUAUUCUUUAGUUUUUAAGGCCUUUACUGGCGAGCCACACAGUGGAGUACUUUGUUGCAUGCAAUGGAGCAUUGUCCUGCAUAAAAAUCAUGGUUUUCUUGAAAGAUGCAGACUUUUGCCUGUACCACUGCUUGAAGAAAGUGUCUUCUCAAAACUGGCAUUGGAUUUGGGAGUUGAUUUUAAGUCCAUCUUUAACCCAAAAGGUCCAGCUAGCUCAUCUUUAAUAAUACCAGCCCAUACCAGUACCCCGCCUCCACCUUGCUGGCGUCUGAGUCAAAGUGGAGCUCUGUGCCCAUUACUGAUCCAGCCACGGGCCCAUCCAUCUGGUCCGUCAAGAGUCACUCUCAUCCCAUCAGUCCAUAAAACCUUUGAAAAAUCUCUCUUCAGAUAUUUCUUGGCCCAGUCUUGACGUUUCAACUUGUGUCUUGUUCAGUGGUGGUCAGAUUUCAGCCUUCCUUACUUUGGCCAUGUCUCUGAGCACUGAUCAUCUUGUACCUCUGGGCACUCCAGGUAGGUUGCAGUUCUGGAAUAUGGCAGCACCGGAGGAUAAGCGAUUCCUGGUAGCUUUACGUUUGAGUCUUCUCAAAUCUUUGGCAGUUAAUUUGCGUCUUUUUUUCUUAACACGUUUCUUGCGACCCUGUUGACUAUUUGCAUCAAAAUGUUUGCUGAUUCUGUGAUCACGCCCAAAUAUCUAAGCAAUUUCAAGAGUGCUGCAUCCCUCUGAAAGACUUUUUACAUUUUUUGACUUUUCAGAGUCACUUAAAUCUCUUUUUUGGCCCAUUUUACCUCAGGAAAAGAAGCUGCCUAAUAAUUAUGCACACCUUGAUAUAGGGUUUUUAUCUCCUUAGGCCCCAGCCUCCCUCAUUACACUAAUACACAUUACCUGAUAUGCUUAUAUCCAAUAAGCAUUCAAGUUUAUACAGCUUGGAGUUGGAAAAUAUGCAUAAAAAUGAUAUGAUCAAAAUACUCACUUGCCUAAUAAUUGUGCACACAGUGUAUAUGCUUAGCCAAGGGCCACAGUCUUGUCUCUUUGGUACCAAACAAGUCUUUUUUACCGUCUAUUUGUCUUUGUUCUGAUAUAAUAGAAAACGGAAUGAAGUUGUAAAACAGAUGUCUAUAAUCUGUCCUUUGUCUGUCCCUGUUGUUUUUAGGAGUUUGCAGACUCUCUGGGCAUUCCCUUUUUGGAAACCAGUGCCAAAAACGCUACAAAUGUAGAACAGGCCUUCAUGACCAUGGCUGCUGAAAUCAAGAAGAGGAUGGGCCCCGGGGCCACAGCUGGAGGAGGAGAGAAGGGAAACAUGAAGCUGACCCCUGGAACUACUGUCAAGCCGUCAUCAGGGGGGUGCUGCUGAGAGAGAUAACAACUUAACCCCCCCCCCCCCCAACCCUGCCCUGCCCCACCCCAAACUCUGCCAGCCUAUCUGCCUGGCUUCUAUCCCCUACAAACUCCACUGUGUCCAGGCAAAGCCCCACCACAAUCAAACAGGACAGGGCUAUAGACAUGAUUCACAACAUGUCUAUAUGACAACAAGAUAAAGUUGCCUGUAUUUGUACUGUACAAAAUAUGGCCACACUACCAAAAACAAAUAAAGCAUCCUUCUUGUCAUACUGUCCUGUUAUUGAUGACAAAUUCUUUGCACAGGCCAUCAUCGCAAGCUCUGACACCCUAUCACCCCAAUCUCAGACCUAUCAGAGGCAACUCUUUGAUUUAGCCCUCUGAAAGCAGGUCAAUGAGAACUCUGUGUGGGUGGGCGUGUGUGGGUGUAUGUGUGUGAGUGUGUGUUUCUCUGCAUUCCUACCGUGGGAUAAGUAAAUAAAUCCGUUUUAUUGAGGUUUCUGUUUGUACGGCCUUUUCUGUUUCUCUUUUCCAUCAGUGAUUAUUUUGCUGUGUCAGCAUGUGUUUUUCCAUCCGCCCCAUUUGAAGGUGUUUUUUAAAUUUCCUCUUCAACCUGUUCACAGCUGUGUCUGAGUACAUCAGAAGUCAAGUGCAACUGUAUAUGUACAUAGACAUUAUGUAUAUUUUAUGUCACAUCUGAUUUGCCAGUUCUUUAGUGUUCAGUACAUCAUCAGGAUUGUCUUGACUCUUAAUCUUUGCAUUGAAAUUGUGGCUGAAGACAACUGUAAGUUUGUUGCUCAACAUGUAACACCUCAAACUGAAAUAAAUAUUGUACUACCAGACUGUAUGAAAUGGGAGGACCUGUCUGCCAUUCUUGGUGAGAUGUGUAGAAAACCUGCUGUAUUAUUAAUUUUACAUUCAUUUGGCAUGUAUACUGCCAGUUAAAUAAGGUCUCUUUGCAAAUUGUUGUGUAAUCUCAGUGCAGAACUGCAUAUACAAAAAAAUGUUCUCUUGUUUUCAUAAUAAAGGCAACUGUAUUAAGUUUGAAAGAAACUCACACACUAGUGUUUGCUGUUUGGAUACUGCUGGAACAGUGCUCUAUUGUCCAGCCCAAUGAAUAAUAGGGCACCAAACAAUGGCCAUAAAUUUAUGCAUGUGAUUACAUCAGUGAGUGAACAGUAGUCCAAAAUGAUGAGAAUAUGGCCCAGUUUUUACUGUGCAGACUUAACACAAAACAGAAAAAAAGCUCAAAUCACUGAAGUGCUUAUCAGUGAGAGAGAGAGAGAGAGAGAGGAAGCCCACUAACUGAGCCAGUGUUUUUCUGAAACAUGACAUGUUAAUGGUGCAUGGACCCAUCACGAAAGAAAAAUACACUAACCCAGAUCUGAGCUGACUUCCCAGAAACGCAGAACUAGUGCUGGACGAUAAUUCGAUAACAAUAUAUAUCGAUCGAUAGACGUGUGGUGCGAUAGAAAAAAAACGGGUCGAUAAAAAGUUCGAUAGAAAAACACAGUUUCCCUUUCUUUUUCAUCAUAGCCUAUCAUGUAGCUUUUACUACAGUCAUUACUUCCUCCCAACCAAUCACAAACGCAGACCCAGGUACGCUACGGCAGCCCAGCCCCUCUCAAACCACAACAGACAGCACGUGUAUUAGAAAUAAUGUUACAGCAAGGAGAAGCGGAGGAAAUUGUCCCGAAAAAAGGUUUCAGUAGUUCACCAGCAUGGCAAUGUUUUGGUUUUUACAAGUCUGACAAAAAGCGAACAGCGGUCGUUUGCAAAAUUUGCAGAGAAUUAGUAAAAACCAAGUCUGGUAACACAACCAACUUGUUCUACCAUCUAAACCGAUCGCACCCGCAGGAGUACGAGCUGUGUCGGCCGCGUCGCGACUCCACGUCGUCGUCGGAGGAAUCCUCUGGAACCGCUGCCAGCACAAAGCAAGUGAAGCAGACCAAACUGGACUUUGUUUCUUGCCAAAAUACGACAAAGCGUCCAAGCGGCAUAAGGACAUCACCCAUGCAGUGACAUGCUCCAUAGCGAGGGACAUACUGCCAAUAACUACCGUUGAAAAGCCUGGCUUCGACCAGCUUCUAGCCACUCUUGACCCACGAUAUGAAGUGCCCGGCCGCAAGUAUUUCUCAAACACAGCGCUUCAGGCAUGAAAACGGGUCAGGGGUUGAAAAGCUGAGAAGGGUGCGGAGGAAAUACGUUCCGGUGUUGUGCUGUAGAAUGCACCCCUGCAUCCUGUCCACUCAUUAGCUUCUUAAAGUGGAAGAAAAUGAGCUCAUAUUUUAUAAAGACGCAAGUAUUUGGAUCAUGGCUACUAGCAGGGGGUGGAUUCUACGACACAACACCGGCGUGGAUAAGUCCUGCUUCUCGUGCUCAGUUUGCGUAUUAAGUCAAUCACAUGAUAAUUAAAAAAAAUAAAUCUCCCGACCCUGGGAGAAAUAUUUCAGUGUUCAGACACCAGGCUGUGGGCAGUUUCUCACACAGUUAAAACUGGUAGUAUGCUAUUCCCACCUAAAGCUAUUCUGUUUAUUUAUAUAUUUGUUUGUUUUGUUUAUUUUCAUCAAAAGACUAUUUAAAUAUUUAUUUAUCAGAUUUUCUGGUCACUUUAGUCUUUAUGUUUGUCAGUAUUUACUGACGUCACUCAG